GCGCUCGCUCGCCCGCCCGGCCGCGCCGUCCAGGAUGAGCCCGCGCUACUUCCUGCGCUCGCUGCUGCUGCUGAUCCUCGCCGCCUUCUCGGCCAACGCCAGCAACUGGCUGUGAGUGCGGGCGCCGCGACGGGGUGGGAGGGAAGGCGGAGGAGAAGCCGAGCCCGGCCCGCCGGCCGAGGAGAGCUAGGGGCCGCCGGGAGCUGCCGACGCCGCCCUCGCUUGCAGCAGGUGCCGGCAGCCGGAGCAAGCGCCAGCCUCGCCGAGCCAGGCAGUCUGCGGGCAGCGGCGGAGACGGAGCUGUCGAGGUUCCCUCUUCCUCCCUGGUUGUGUUGCCUGGCUUCGCCCUGCUCGGAAAGGAGGAUUGGGACCCCGAGCAGGUCCCUACUUCAUCAGACCCUGGUGCCUGGACGGGGUCUCUUUCUGGGAAUUAUCUGGCGCGCGCUCCGUCCCUUCGAGGAGCCAGGGUUGGCGAGCGAGGCGCGCUGCUCUGCUCUUAGCUGCAAACGCACGUUUUGUUUAAAAAAUCGUCCUUCUGUAGGCAAUAGUAUUUCGGGACUCGAAGCAGCCUGGAGAUCCAAUCCUAGACCUCCACUGGGAGGCUGCGAGUGCGCCUUCUGCACGCGCUCAAGGGCAGUCUUGCUGUGGUUGUUUCCCCCACCUCGCUGUUACGUUCCCUAUCCCAGCAUCGGGGUUCUUGGCCGCCAGAACCCCUUUAAUGAAGCUCCAAGGCGUGUCAAGGCUUGUAGGUCUCCCAGGCUAGAAUCCUCUGCUCUCUUUCCUGGGAGUAAGCCCCGUUGAAUUCAGUGGGACAGAAGAAUUCCCACUGAAUUCAAUGGGGCUUACUGUGCUGUGAGCACAUUAGCCCCAGAAGCUAUUUUGUGUUAUUUUAUUUAAUUGAUGAUCUUUGACUCCUGGAACAUGGGCAGCAGACAGAGGGCCUGAUUUGAAGAGCUGGUGUGAUUUUUUCAAGUUGGCCUACCUGGUGGGAUCGUUGUGACAUGAAAUAACCUGAUGUAUGUUAGCCAGAGUACCUUGGCGAAAGGCUCUCAUGAACAAGAAUGAGAACUUACUGUAGAGCAGUUUUCGGAACAGAGGGUGUGGUUUCAUGGGAAAAUCUGACACACACACACACACACACACACCCUGCGAAAUUAAGUUAAUAUUAUUAGCCUUGAUAAAACAGUGAUUGCUCUGCAAUCUCUCUGAGUGAACUUUUUAAUCUCUAAAAGCAAUAAAAUCCAUUGUAACUUUUAUUUUUUAAGUAAGAAUGGGCAAGGACUGAAAGUGAAGACCUCUGCUUUUAAAGCCGAUUCAGUUAAAAAGUUUUGCAAAAUAAGGUUUUGUUUUGUUUUCAGUUGGUUUAAUAGUUGGGCACCAGGGCUGAUAAGAUUGUGAAUUUGAUGGCCACCUGUUGUACUUCCAACUUUGCUUAACCCAAACGUGAAUUCUGCUACCCAUUCUGUCCUCUGGGUCUUUCUGAAUGCUGUUCAGAGUGUGUUAGCUCUUGUUCACUUUAUUGUGGACAAUACCACUUUUUGUGGAAGGGGGAAAGACCUUGAUGUGGUUCCAGGCUUGCAGAAAUUUGGGUGCCAGGGAGAGGAAUAGCAGACAGUUCCUGGGGCUUGUGUAUACUGCAAGGGUUGUGCUGUUUGUUCGCACAAAUGUACAUCUCUCAAGCUUUCGGAGUUUGUGCAGUUAACUCCCCACUUAGCCUGUUAGCAUUUUGCCGUCGAACACCCACGAUGCUCAAGUUUUGCUAAAGUCGCUCCGCCCUGUCGAUAGAAGCAAAUCCCACUUGGAAGCCAGUGCUGAUGUAACAUUGAAGAAUUUGGAGGUUCUGCGCAGCUUGAUUCAUACGUCUGGGUUCUGGAAGGGUGCCUUGUUGUGCUUGCUCAUCCAGCAAAAUGUAGUCUAAGAAAAAUAUUCUGUUGCCACUGCCAGAAGCAGUGUUGCCUAGGAGUCGCAGGUGAGGAGAGUGCUGUUGUCGUUGGGUCAUGCUUGCUGGCUUCCCAUGGGCUUCUGAUUGGCUUCUGUGAUAGCACAUUGAGGGACUAGACGAGCCACCAGCUUGUUCCAGCAGAAAGGCUCUUUUUAUGUGCUGGCGCACUUUGUAGCGUUCAAGAGAAGCCAAGCAAGAGACUAUGGCAUCUGGUAGUUUGCAAGGGCAAUGUCUAAGGGCCCUGUUGUAUGUUCUUUGAGGGAGACCCCCUUUUUGGCCCUUUGAGUCAACUGGCUCAGUUCAUUGUCUUGAAGUUUUCUGUUCUUGGGCUUCUUGCAACAGCAUCUGCUACCCCAUCCAAAAGUAGCUGGACUCUUAGUGUGUGUCUUUGCAACAGAUCUAAAAAGACGGAGCUGUGAAAUUCUCCUAUCUCCCAAUGCCACUCUUUGCUAACCUCCUUGUGGCAUUGCAGUAGAUAACUGAAGAAUGGGAUUGUCGCCUGUCACUACCAAUCUCUGGUGUUCUCCAGAUGGAAGGCUUUUCCUACCUAAAAACUCUUGGCUACCUGCGACAUUCAAAGCUGCUUUAGCAAUGGUCCGAUUUAAAGCUGUGAACAAGUCUGAUUUCUUUGGGGGUUGGUUCCUGUUUUGAGGCAAGCCAUUGCGGGACUUUAAACUGCACCAUGGGCCUAUCUGUUUUGUAGAACUGUAGGAUGGUUCUGCACCCCAUUCACCGGGUGCACACGGCUCAAAUAUUACAAGUCAGCUUUUCGUUUAAAAAGCAUCAGUCAACAUUCUAGACCUCAUGCUUUAAGAGUGGGUGGGCAUAGAAGAAGGGUGAAAUCCCAGAAGCUACACAAAUGGACAAAAGACAUUUAUCGGGGGGAGGGUUCUAUUUGGGGGGGCACCUGUUAAGGCUUCCGGUUUUCUCCCCGACAUGGGCAGAGGCAGGGUGAAUCUAUUCGUAGUAGAUCGAAUAGCAUCAAAAAUGUUUGGCUUGCAUGCUUUAUCCAGCUUGUGGUUUACCAUGCAUAAUUAACCAUAGAUUGCUGAUUUGGGUUGAUGAUUAACUUGAAGAAUCCAAGAUGGCAAAUAACUUGGGUGGUUUUCAAAGACAAAUGCAUGGAGGAUAAAGCUAACGAUGGCUCCUAGCCACAAUGGGUAGGCUGUACCUCCACAGCCAGAGGCAGUAUUCUUCUGAAUACCAGUUUCUGGGAAUUGCAGGUGGGGUGAGUUGCUGUCCUGCUCAGGUGGGCCACUGGGAGAACAGAAUGCUGGGCUUAGAUAGCCAUUGGCCUGAUCCAGCAGCCAUGCUUGUUCUAAACUUGGUUGUAACCUACACAAGUGGAAGAAAUAAUCUCUUCCUCUUUCUAAAGUUGUAAGUGGGAUCUUGUUGUUUUUGCUUAUUUUUUGAUUCUGGGGUGUAAUAUACAGGACAUAGAAUGGCAGAGUUGGAAGGGCCCAUGAGGGUCAUAUGCAGUCCAACCCCAUGCAAUGCCCAAUCUUUUGCCCAAUGUGGGGCUCAAACCCACAACCCUGAGAUUAAGAGUCUAACGCUCUACCAGGUGAGCUAUCUCAGCUAUGCAGUACACAGCAGAAGAGCCCUUCUCCAACCCAGGAGAGCUAUGUCUCGCCAUCUCUUUGCCAACUCUUAAAAUGCUUGUUAAAGCUUUACAUUCUUUUAAUUUGAGCCUUUGUGAUGACAUUUUUAGGCUGCUGUGGGGUUGGGGGGGGAGAAAAGCUGUGUAUUUUGUCUUACUGUAUUUUGUCUUACAGUGGUACCUCGGGUUAAGUAUUUAAUUUGUUCCGGAGGUCCGUUCUUAACCUGAAACUGUUCUUAACCUGAAGCACCACUUUAGCUAAUGGGGCCUCCUGCUGCUGCCGCGCCACCGCUGCACAAUUUUUGUUCUCAUCCUGAAGCAAAGUUCUUAACCCGAGGUACUAUUUCUGGGUUAGCGGAGUCUGUAACCUGGAGCGUAUGUAACCCAAGGUACCACUGCAUUUAUUUUCAAGAUGCCUUGUUUGAUUUUCAGCGCAGGGAAAAGGUGGAGUAGAGAUGUCAAAUCUCCUUCAUAAUGGAAAUGUAGGGAGCUGUUUUAUGCAGAGUCAGACUGUUGGUCCAUCUAGCCAAUGUUGUCGACACUGACUGGCAGCAGCUCUCCGGAGUUUCAGGCAGGGGACAUUUCCAGCCCUACUUGAAGAUGCCAGGAAUUGAACUGGGACCUUCUGUAUGCAAAGCAGGUGCUCUACCACCCUUCCUUUCAAACAUAGAAACCUUGGAAUCUGCCUUAUCUUGAGUCAGAUCCAUUGGUCCAUCUAGCCAGUGUUGUCUACACUGACUGGCAGCAGCUCUCCAGGGUUUCAGGCAAGGGACACCCCCAGCCCUACCUGGAGAUGUUAGGGAGUGGACUGUGCAUGCAAAGCAGAUGCUCUACCACUGAGCCAUGGCCCUUCUCCAAAUAGGGUUGAUAAUUCAUGGCUUCUUUGACUUGUAGAUUUGUGACCAGCUUAGGGUGGAGCUACACAUGUAAGAGAUGCCUGGAGGCUGCUUUUUCUAAGAAAAAAAGAGGGGGGUGUGAAUCUAGAAUGCAAAGGCAGCGUAUGUGUGUGGUUAACCCUUUUCCUCACUUGCUGCCUGCUUCAUGUCUUUUCCAAACUGCCUCCCCAGUGCUCUUGCCUUCCUACAGAGCCCCGCCCCCCAAAAACGUGCCUUUCCUGUCUUCUUCGUGGAGGACUGUGUGUGAGCAAUUCUGAGCAAACUAAGAAGGGGGAGAGAAAGGGUUAAAACACCCCUCUCCCCACCACAGCUUCUCAACAAGCCAUUUCAUUGCAAUACAUUUUGCACAAGGGGAUUUGGCUGAAUUUCCCUGCGGUGCUAAAUAAGGCACCUGCAGGAAGGUGGCUCUUUGUACAACUGCUACAAGUUCGCAAGUGCCAUUUUUGCAUUUGUUGCAGGAGUUUUUUGAGUGCUGGGUGUUGCAACUAGUCCUAGAUACCUCCUCCUUCCUCCCCAAGCCCUAACCCCCUGCAGCUGUUUUUUCUUACCAACACCAACCCAUGGCUUUUAAAGCAAACAAUCCAAUCUGCAUUUGUUGUUGUUGUUGUUGUUGUUGUUGUUGUUGUUGUUGUGUGCAUGCCUGCUGCAAGGCUGCAUGGGGGUGGGGGUAGCUCUGAGAGUUGAAGCACUGUGAUUUCACACGACUCUGCCUGCCUGCCAUCUGACCUACAAGCAGUCCAAGAAGUGGACCUGACUGUCAGCUUCCCUCUCCUCCUUAAUCUCAGUGUUGCCCUUGCAGAACUCAGCAGGGGGAAAGGAUGGGGACAAAACUAGAAUGAAUUCAUUUUGCCUGCUGUUGGCUCUGGCGCCACCUACUGUUGGGCUCCCUCCUUUCCAUCCUAUCAGUUCCAACGUGCUCCAGCCAGUCGUGUUUACUGUGCAUGUUUAACAUGUGCAUUCUGUGUGACAUGUGUGCUUUCUGAGUGCACGGAUUAUUUGUUGCAGGCUAAACCACUUCCCUCAUGCUAGCCCCUUAGAGUCUCAAAUAGCAGUGAUCACACCUCUAUGGUUGAGAGCAAAGCAUGAGAAGUCAAGUUCAAGGACUCCUCAGUGUCCUUUGGAGCAAAGCUACAAACAGCUUGAGUGGAUGUGUGUUUAGGGCAGUGGUAUUGUGCUGAAAUUUUCUGAGCAGGGAUUAACCAAGACCCCCUAUUUCUCCCCCAUCAUCCUUCCACAGUCACAAUUGGUGUGAUCCGUACAAGCACAGGGCUGUAGCUCAGCAAUUAGAACAUCUGCUUUGCAUGCAGAAAGUCCCAGGUUCGAUCCCCAACAUCUCCUGCUAGGACUGGAACUCUCCCCCAUCUGAAACUCUGGAAAACUGCUGGUGACCAAUGGAGAUAAUAUUGGACCACGGUCCAACUGGGUAUAAGGCAGCUUCCUGUUCCCAUGUAUGGGCAAAGUUGGCAUUCUCCAUUGUAGCACUCGUGGCAGGGAUUUGACCUCCCUUUGGAUGAACUAAAUGCAAUUUGGCUGGUGUAUCAAAGCUGCUAGGAGGUGGAGGAAUGAACAGAGCAUCUGCUAUUCAGUAAAAAAAAGAUAAGAAGAACCAGAACUGUCCCGCUGUAUAAGACCAAAGUCCUGUCUGUGCCAGUUUCUCAGAACAUAAAGUUGCUCCCACAAAAGGUAACUAUCCUCCUUGAAAGAGGAUUUGACAAGUUCACAGAGGAGACAGCUGUCACUAGCUACUAGCUAUGAAGUCUACGGUCUUCCUCCACUGUCAGAGGCAGAACACAUCUGUACUGAAUUCUGUUGCAUUAGGAUCUGCUUGUGGGGAGUUUCCCAUCGGUAUAUAGCUGACUCCUGUGAGAACUCUGGGCUAUGGCAGGCCUCUGGCCUGAUUCAGCUUGGCUCCUCUUCUCUUCCCACAGUUGCCAACCAGAUGCUUCUGGGCAGGACAUGAGUGCCCUGGCUCUCUCCUGCUGUUGCACCCAGCAAAUGUUCUUAACCUGAAGACCACUUUAGCUAAUGGGGCUUCCCGCUGCCGCCAUGCCGCCAGAGCAUGAUUUCUGUUCUCGUCCCAAAGCACAGUUCUUAACCCAAGGUACUAUUUCUGGGUUAGCAGAGUCUGUAACCAGAAGCGUAUGUAACCUGAAGCAUAUGUAACCCGAGGUACCACUGUAUUUCUAGAGGGGUAGCUGCGAUAGUCUGUUGCAGGCAAAACAUCAAGGAGCCCUGUGACACUUUAAAAAGGUAAAGGACCCCUGACAGUUAAGUCCAGUUGCGAACGACUCUGGGGUUGCGGCGCUCAUCUCGCUUUACAGGCUGAGGGAGCCAAUGUUUGUCCGCAGACAGACUUUCCGGGUCAUGUGGCCAGCAUGACUAAGCCGCUUCUGGUGAAACCAGAGCAGCACACGGAAACGCCGUUUACCUUCCCGCCGGAACAGUACCUAUUCAUCUACUUUUGCUUUGACGUGCUUUUGAACUGCUAGGUUGGCAGGAGCAGGGACCGAGCAACAGGAGCUCACCCCGUUGCGGGGAUUCAAACCGCCAACCUUCCGAUCGGCAAGCCCUAGGCUCUGUGGUUUAGGCCACAGCACCACCCUCGUCCCACUUUACAGACACUUUACAGACUAGCAAAUGUGACACUUUACAGAUUAACAAAUGUACAGGGGUGCCGACUUGAAUAAAAUAUUGGGAGAGGCAGGUAAGCACAUAAUCGAUCACAAGACAUGGUGCAAGCUCACCAUUUGAAUGGCAAUGCCCAUCACCUUUGGGGGAGCCCAGCCCUCUCAAAUAUUUUGGCGGGUUGAAGGGACCUCGGUCCCUAGGAGUUCACUCCUAUGCAAUGUAUGUAUUGUGGCAGAAGCUUUUGUGGACUUUAAGAAGUCCAUGUUUUCAGGUGGAUGAAGCAAAAUCUCAGCUGGCAGCUGGAGGUAGGACAAGCCACAAAGAAAGGAGGGGAAUGUAAGGUGGGAGAUGAUUGGCAAUGAGAUCCAGACAAGUACAGUUGGUGUUAAUUGAAUUAGGUGAUAGUGGAAAGGCAAUGAGAUGCAAAACCAACAGACAAAAAAGUGCAGUUGGGGAUAAUUGAGCUGCUGCUUAAAUGUAUGUGAAAUAUGCGCAGUUAUCCUUUGCAGCAGCAAACCAGGGAUGAUUCACUCAGCACGGCUAAGAUAAUUGCGUUAAGAUCUUCAGUGAUACAGGGAAACAUUAUCUUUAUUCAGACCCAAAUGAAUAGUGCUGAGCUUCUUGAUGAGUUAUAAUUCAGCAGUUUCAUGCGAGAGUCUACCUUUCAAAUUCUGCUGUCCAAAUAUGGCUCCUUUUGAUCCCUAAUUACAUUGAAAUUUUCUACCAGAUUCUGAAUACUGCCCCUUUUAUUUAUAUCAGAUUGUGUGAUUUCUUCCCGCUCUCCACUCCCACAUCCACAAAGGGAUUUGCCUUUUGGUGAAUUCACUGACAUUGGGGGAAGGUUCUAAGGAAAGCCACCCUCUCAGUCUCAUUCUUUUGUCUAUAAUAUAGGUAUAAAAAUAUCAACCUUGCCAAACAGGGUUGUUGUUCAGGAAUUUCUAAGAUAAUGUGCGUGAUUCACUUCUAAUCUGAUCUAUAGGUACCGCCUUUAUCAAUGGGGCUGCCUUCUAAUGAAAGGCAGCCUAAGCUGUAGUAGCCACUCCAAGCUUACUUGGGAGUAAGUUCUAUCGAGCACAGUGUUUAUUUCUGAGGAAGCACGUGCAGUGGUACCUCAGGUUACAGAUGUUUCAGGUUACAAACUCCACUAACCCAGAAAUAGUACCUCGGGUUAAGAACUUUGCUUCAGGAUGAGAACAGAAAUCACAUGGCAGCAGCGGGAGGCCCCAUUAGAUAAAGUGGUGUCUCAGGUUAAGAACAGUUUCAGGUUAAGAACGGACCUCCAGAAUGAAUUAAGUUCUUAACCCGAGGUACCACUCUAUAGGCUUGAGCAAUUAGUCAAGCAGAAAGACAGCUGAUAAGUACUGGGUUGGACCCAGCCUUGGUCAGUAGAUGUGCCCAUUGCCAACCUGGUGCCCAUCAGCCCCAGCCAGUGUGCUGAGUAAGCCCUGCAGAACUGUGUGGGGCUUGCUUUGUACAGGCCUGCACCGUAAACUAUAUAGAUCUCCUUGUGAUCAUUUUAUCUGCCCUGGGACAGUGGAAUCAGAGAGUCGGGGGUACCCCAGAGGCCAUCCAGCCUGACCCCCUGCCAGUGCAGGAAAUCCACAGCUACAGCAUCAGCUGGGUGGUCAGCCACUGUCAGAUCUGAAACCUUGCUCACCUGCUUCAGGGCAUAUUCCAGGUUCCCUCCAUGUGAGGGGAUGAGUGGGUGCCUGUCUGUGGCCUCUCUGCCACCUUCCAGAUGUCUAAGGGAGAGGAAUUUUAAUUAUUUGUUUUUCACUUCAAGGGCUGCAGUCCCUUUGGGGCAACCUUCCUGGGGGUGGGGGGGCCAGAUGCAAAUGUGGGCAGAGCGAUCAAUGCAAACGUGACCUUUGUGCAAAGGGCUAGUUUCUCCACACUCUGACACACCCCUCUCUACGCACCAUCCAGGCCAGUGAGAGAUGUUAUCAGAGCUCAGGGCACAUUCCAGCCAGGCAAAAACACUCUGGGAGGAGAUGAAGAACGACUAGUGAGGGGUGUGCUCUGGAGAGAGCCCCCAGGGCCAGAUAGAGAGGCCUGGAGGGCCGCAUUUAACUUCUGGACUGAGGUUCUCCACCCCUGUUUUAAUGUACGAGACUUUGAGAUCUCUGCCCCCACAACCAAAAAAAGCUUUUAAAUAGUGCACAAAUUAAACAUUAAUUCUGUGCAACUUCUAUACAGGACAACCACAGCUUGGGUCCAGCAGGAUGUAAAGACCAUUUUACUGGUCACCACUGGAUUCUGGGAUCCCAACAAUUUCUCUUUCCCUCCCUUAUUUUUAUUUUAUUGUUUUAAAUGGACCUGGGCCGCUUUAGGGGGAAACAGCUUUUGGGCCCCUCCAGACAUCCUUUUCAUCAUGCAGUCACGAGAAUUUGUAAUGAUGGUGUCAGGGCUGUUUUACACGAUCCUGCUGUCAAUACUGUUUUUGCACCUGCAAGAGGUUUGUGGGGCAGACGCGUUGCUUCAUUUUCCAGCAUGUGUGUGCCCUGCUGAGAUCCUGUCCAUUUUCAUGCCAUAAAACUUUCCGGUUCAUUUGAUUUUUGUUUUUGGCCCGCUUUUGUUGUGCUGUGCUCCAGACAGCACGGGGGCAGAGGGAGCAACGCAGAGCAGUUAACAAAGGGAAAGGAUGUGUGGACAGUCCAUCGUGAAUCCCCAAGUAAUGCACUAUUGUUGCAUCAAUGGCGUGCUCCAGAAUGCACCUGCAGCUCCUGCCCCAUCAGUCUAGAAGAGCCUUUCAUCUGUGGGGAAAAGUGGGCUAUAAAAUAUAAUAUAAUCACAGAACUGUAGUGUUGGAAAGGGACCCCAAGAGCCUUCUAGCAGUUCCCUCACUGCGGGAAGCAAAGCUACAGGGAACCAGGCAGAGGGCCUUCUCGGUAGUGGCACCCUCCCUGUGGAACGCCCUCCCAUCAGAUGUCAAAGAGAACAACAACUACCAGACUUUUAGAAGACAUCUGAAGGCAGCCCUGUUUAGGGAAGCUUUUAAUGUGUGACAUUUUAAUGUAUUUUCUUUGUUGGAAGCCACCCAGAGUGGCUGGGGAAACCCAGCCAGAUGGGCGGGGUACAAAUUUAUUAUUAUUAUUAUUAUUAUUAUUAUUAUUAUUAUUAUUAUUAUUCAGCCCCCUGCAAUGCAGGAAUUGCAAAGUCAAAGCAAUGAUUUAAAUGGCUCAGGACCGCAAAACCCUCUCCCCAUAGAAACCAUCCUGGACUCUGUGUUCAUCCUCUCAGGCCCUUCUUUGUGCACCUUCUCCUCGUGAGGUCCAGAGGGUGGCAACACGAGAACGAGCCUUGUCUGUAGUGGCUCCCCAUUUGUGGAAUAGUCUUCCCAGGAAGGUUCACUGGCAGCCUUCAUUUUAUAUUUUUAGGUGCCAGGCAAAAACAUUUCCUCUUCAGCAAGGCAUUUGGCAGGCAGAUGAUAGAUAGAUAGAUAGAUAGAUAGAUAGAUAGAUAGAUAGAUAAGAUACAGUGCUUUUUCUGGAGAGACGCAUGGGUACGCAUACCCAUAAACAUUUUGUGAAUCUUUGUACUUUUGUCCAUUUACUGUAUUUAUUUUUCCCGAUUUGAACUGUAAAAUGGUGAAUUUCUUGAGUCAAAAUGGGAGUACCCCUAAACAUUUUUUGGAAAAACGGAACUGGAUAGAUAGAUUUUAUUAUCUGUACCCUGCCUAUCUUGCCCCAGCCACUCUGGGCAGCUUCUAACACAUAUAAAAGCAUAAUAAAACAUUACACAUUAAAAGGCUUCACUAGCCAGGCCUUUUAAAUGUGUCUUUUGGAAGGGCAGGUUUUGCUGUUGUGCCUUUAGUUAUUUACUUGUUUUUAUCCUGUGUUAUUUUAUUCCGUGAGCUGCCCUGAGAUCUUAUGAAGGGGAGGGGGGGUACCUAAAGCUAAUAAAUAAGUAAAUAAAAUAAAAUGAAUAAAGCAGGACAAACUAUCCUACGAGCCCUCAUUGAAAGGUGUCUCCGGGGCCGGUUUCUGGAGGCGAGGACGGCCUCUCUUAAGUCUGGGCUUCCCAGCACAGCUGUCCUUUUGAUGUCGUUCUGACGGUGACCCUCAACUGGGAGUCCCCAAAGUGUGUGUGUGUGUGUGUGUGUGUGUGUGUGUGUGUGAGAGAGAGAGAGAGAGAGAGAGAGAGAGACUCACCAGGCACAGUUCUUUGAGCUUGUCCUUCAGAAGGGGUGGGAAUGGAGGGGGGAACCUUGCUUAUUUAUCAGCAUCCAGCGUUCCUGCCGAGCAUGUUCCUUUUAAAUCCAGCUGGCCGCGUGGGGGCUACAGCUGUGCGUGGAGGGAGCUGAGUGGUGCUGCCUGCCAGGAAGAGGCAAGAUAGGAGCUUGCUCCAUGGAGAUGGCACAUCUGCUGCGACACCUCCAGCACCCCUUUCCGAAAUCCCGGAGAACCACUGCCAGGAAGUACGGACAGUACCAAGCUUAGAACUGACUCAGUGGAAGACAGCCUCUGAGAUCCCUGAGAAGGGCUAUAAUAAUAACAACAAUAUUAUUAUUAUUAUUAUUAUUAUUAUUAUUAUUAUUAUUUGUACCCCGCCCAUCUGGCUGGGUUUCCCCAGCCAAUGUGGGUGGCUUCCAAGAAAGAUUAAAAAUACAUCAAAACGUCACACAUUAAAAACUUCCCUGAACAGGGCUGCCUUCAGAUGUCUUCUAAAUGUCAGGUAGUUGUUUAUCUCUUUGACAUCUAAUGGAAGGGCGUUCCACAGGGCGGGUGCCACUACCGAGAAGGUCCUCUGCCUGGUUCCCUGUAGCUUUGCUUCUCGCAGGGAGGGAACUGCCAGAAAGCCCUCGGCGCUGGACUUCAGCGUCUGGGCAGAAUGAUGGGGGUGGAGAUGCUCCUUCAGGUAUACUGGGCCAAGACUGUUUGGGGAUUGGCAUCCCUACAUAUUUACAACAGGCUGUGGAUGAGAUGGCAGGGCUGUGGCAAGCGGGAGGAUUUGGAGAAGGGCCAUAGCUCCAUGGUAGAGCAUCUUCCUUGGAAUGCAGAACCGUAGAGCUGGAAGAGGGACCACAAGGCUCAUCUAGUCCAACACAAGAGUCUUUUGCCCAAACUGGGACUCAAACCCACAGCCCUGAGAUUAAGAGUCUCGUGCUUUACCGACUGAGCUACAAGGAAGGUCCCAGGUUUGGUGGCUGACAUCUCCAGGCAGGGCUGGCUGGGUCCCCUGUCUGAGACCCUGGAGAAGCGCUGCCAGUCAGAGCAGACAAUACUGAACUAGGCAGCCCAAUAAUCUGACUCUGUAUGAGAAAGCUUCCUGUCCUCACAUGAAUACUAGUGGCUGGGAAUCGCAAGUGGAGAGAGGGUGCUGUUGCUUGUGAGCUUCCCAUAGACCUCUGGUUGGCCAAUGAAAUCUUCUUUCUUCUUUGGCGAUCACUCGUAGCCGAGUAAGAUUGUCUUCCAUAAACACGGUUUUAACAAUGAGUCCGUAAGUGCCUGUGGAGGCCAAUUCUGGAUCCACAUGUCCUUCCACUGUGGGGACAUUGGUUUCUGGGCAGGAGCUGAUCACGGUGUGGAUUUGCCAAGCGUGCCUUCCUCCUAGCACAUUUCUCCCUUGCAUCCUGAGUUUGAGUGUCUUCAAAGCCCAUGACACCUUUGGUAACGGCUGUUCUCCAACUGGUUGCACUCGCAGGCCAGUGUUUCCCAGUUGUCAGUGUUUAUACUACACCAAUGAAAUAGGAGGAAGUUGGAAUAAAAUCCAGAUCUAGCAGGGCUCUUCUUGUUCUCCUACUUUAACUGCACCGGACUCCUGUAAGAUGAUGGUGAUGAUUUUACUUUUACCACACCCAUCUGCUGUGUUGCCCCAGUAGUAGUGGUGGUGGCAAAAUUGGGUGGCCUUAAAAGGAGAUCACGCAGAGUCACAGAGGAUAGGGCUAUUGGUGGCUACCAGCCAGUCAUUUUCAAAAACCGAAUUCCACUUGCUGGGAGUUGCAAGUGGUGAGAGUUCAGUUGUCCUUGGGACCUCCUUGCAGGGAGUUCCAUAGUUACACUACAUGAAGGACUUUGUUUUACCUGUCUGGAAUUGUCCAACAUUCAGCUUCAUUGGAGGCCCACAACUUCUAGCGUUGCCUGUGUGGAAGAAGGAACUUUUCUCUGUCCACUUUCUCCAUGCCACAUGUAAUUUUAUAAACUUCUAUCCACCGCCUCUUUGAAUCAUAGAAUUGUAAAGCUGGAAGGGACUCUGAGGAUCAUCUAAUCCAGGGUUUCCCAAACUUGUGGUCUCUAGCUGUUUUUGGACCACAGUUCCCAUCAUCCCUGACCGCUGCUGCUGCUACCUUGGGAUGGUGGGAGCUGUAGUCCAAAAACAGCUGGAGACACAAGUUUGGGAAAUCCAGAUCCAGUCCAAGGAAUCUGCAGCUGUCCCAUAAGGGGACUGAACCUUUAACCUUGGCAUUAUCAGCACCAUGCUCUUACUCCCCCUUUCUCCAAACUAAAAAGUCACAAAAGCUGCAACCUUGAUGGGGGUGUCACUCCCCACUCCCUUGGUCAUCUUGCUUGCCCUUUUCCAACGUUUUCCAACUCUACAAUAUCCUUUUUGAUAGGAUUCCCAGAGGCGCCUGAUUGGUCUUUCUGAGAACAGGGUGUUAAAAUAGAUGGGCCUUUGGUCUGAUCCAGCAGCCUAGGUCUUACUUUUUUAUCCUUGGAAUGAAGAUAUAUAAGCAGAGAGAAAGAGAGUGAGUGAGUUUAGCCAACUGGGUGGGAUGCGAUUAAAUGGACUGCCUUCUCCUUGCCAUUAGACUUCCACUGCCUAACCUGGAGAUAAACUCUAGCCUCAGGGCAAAGGGAGAUGGGGGGGACCACAUACCAUAUGCAUUACUGGAGACGAGCGUGAAACUGUUGCGACUCGUUCUGGGUGCGAGCUGGAGGAAAAUGCGCCAGAGGGCUUCUGUCUCUCGCUCCUGAGUGUGGCAGAUCUGUGUCGGCAGGUAGUGACGGAGGGUGUUAAGCCUGCCUUGGGUUUUUCUUCUCGUGGCCUGCCGUCUGCACUCCAGGGAUGGGCAUUUCUGUCUGUUUAAUUUUCUCAUUUCUUCCCCACCCCCAACCCCCAUCUUAAGCAGAGUUUUCCACAUCGGUUUGCAACUGAAAAACAAGGCCUUGUGAAAAGUUGUCAGCAUUAGAGUAUGAAUUUUGGAGUGAGCAAUUUUGCCUAAUAUACAGUGAAACCUUGGUUCUUGAACUUAAUUCAUUCUGGAAGUCCGUUUGACUCCCGAAACCAUUUGAAAACCAAGGUGUAGCUUCCGAUUGGCUGCAGGAGCUUCCUGCACUCAAGUGGAAGCUGCGUCGGACGUUCAGCUUCUGAAAAACGUUCAAAAACCAGAACACUUACUUUUUUUGCUUUUUUGGUGUUUGGAAGCCAAUUUGUUCGUCAGCUAAGCUGUUUGAGAACCAAGGUUCCACUGUACUCGUGUUUGCAAAGAAAUCCCACCCUAAUAGAGAAUGCAUUUUUGGUAUGUCCUUUACAGGAAGAUAUUCUUGCAUUGCAGGGGGUUAGACUAGAUGAUCCUUGGGGUCCCUUCCAACCCUACAGUUCUAAUAUUCUAUUAUGUGUGCCUUUAUGCACACUUUACACUGUUACAUGCAUUUUUUUUGGUACUCAUUGCUGGGCUGUAGAAUUGCCUUGCAAAAUUCGGAGAAGCGGGGAUUUCAAAGGCUGGCUAUGUUUCCGAAAGCGCAAAUAGGUUUGUCUUGAAAUAGAAGGGAAUGAGAUUUCCUCUGAAUGGCCUCCUUGGAAAGGAGGCACCUCUGUCCAUAGCUAUCAACUUUUCCCUUUUCUUGCGAGGAAUCCUAUUUGGAAUAAAGGAAUUUCCCUUUAAAAAAGGGAAACGUUGACAGCUAUGCUUCUGUCUGAAACUAAAUGGCACACCCUUUAAUACUAAAAAGGAACCCUCUCUCAUUUCAGCCGGGAGCCUCUUGCUCUGUUCUUCCACAUGGUAUUAAGGAGCUAGGCCCUGUGAGGCACUCCUGAUGGGCCUCCCUUCAACUGUGCUAGGAAUGGUUCAUCUAAAAAUGAGCUGAAAUUCAGACCUGUCUCCUCCAAGCUGGCAGGCAUCUUGACCGCUCAAUGGCAGCUGCUGCGGCAAAGGGCAAGGAGGCCAACAGUAGGUGGCGCCAGAGUCGGGGACAGACAACUAAUUCCGGUUUUGUCCCCACCCUCUUCUCUGAUUGACACAGAGACUUUCCAAUCCAUUCCCUGGAACUUGUUCCCCAAUGUCCUACCUACCUAUAGUCCUUUCACCUCGAGAGGCAAGGGAUGGAAACAUCGGACCUUUCUGGUCAAGUAGGGGUCUUGAAGGCUGCAAGAUGAGGAGACCACAGGUGGCAGCUUUUAGUACAUUUUUGGCUUAUGGGAUGGUGAGCUUUCCCCCCACCCACCCUUCCAAUCCACAUCUAGGAGGACUUGAGAAGACUGCCAGAGGGCCAGCGAACAUAGAGUUAGACGACUUUCAGGAGAUAUCAAAUGCUUGGACAGCUUCCGUGCUGGAAUGAAUCUGGUCUUGCAGCAUUUUUCCCCUCUCUCUUCCCUCACUGCUGCCCCAUCCUGAGCUGCGAUAGGCCUGUGUGGGUCACCUGGGGUCCCCCCAACGGUGGGGUGGGGCCUGCGCUUGGCCCAGAUCCUGCCUGCUGCAUGCCCAGGUGUGUGUGGCAUUCUCUGUUGCUUUAGCAUGGCGGGGGAGGUGUUUGCUGUCUCCCCAGGCAGCUUGGUGGAGUCUCCCUUUUUCAGAAAACCUGCCGGAUUAGUGGUUAAGCUCGGAGAGCGUUUCACAAGACAAGAGGGUGUUUCUUUGGUUUUUCUUUCUCUACCCCCCCCCCCCACCGCCACCGCCUUCCCACUCCCCAGGUCCCACAAGCCCUUUAAAAAAAAAUAAAGUAAAAAUAAAGCCUGUAGGAACUCGCACUGCGCAGCAUUUCGGAGAAAUCAAAUAUAGAAGGGAACGUUCUGUCAGAUUCUCGGUGCCAAUGGCACGUUACGCGCAGCCGUGCGUUUCGUUUUUCCUCGGAGCUAGAGCCAGUGCCCAGAGAACCAGUGUGGUGUAGUGGUUAAGAGCGGUAGUCUUGUAAUCUGGUGAACCGGGUUUGAUUCGCCGCUCCUCCACAUGCAGCUGCUGGGUGACCUUGGGCCAGUCUCACUUCUUUGAAGUCUCUCAGCCCCACUCACCUCACAGAGUGUUUGUUGUGGGGGAGGAAGGGAAAGGAGAAUGUUGGCCGCUUUGAGACUCCUUCGGGUAGUGAUAAAGCAGGAUAUCAAAUCCAAACUCUUCAUAAGAAGAGGCCUGCUGGAUCAGGCCAGUGGAUCCUGUUCUUCCAGGUAUCCCUGGGAAGUCCAUCAGCCGGCCCUAAGUCCAGCAGGACUCUGCCCACCUGCGAUUGCCAGCAACUGGUCACCAGAGGCAUAAUACCUCUGAAAGCGGAGGUAGAUCUUGGCCAUCAUGGCUAAUAGCCACUGCAAGCCUUUGUCUCCAUGAAUUCCAUAGAAAUCAUAGAAUUGUAGGGUCUGAGGGGACUCCAAGGGUCAUCUAAGCCAACCCCCUACAACACUAUCUCGGCUAAAACAUCCAUGACUACUCAAUCUUUGCUUAAAAAGGAGUCCAUUCCACUGUCAAGCAGGUCUUUGUGUCAUAAAGUUGUUCCUGAUGUUUAGUAGGAAUAAUAACAAAAACAACAGCAAUAGUAAUAAAUUAUUAUUAUUAUUAUUAUUAUUAUUUGUACUCGACCCAUCUGCAUAGCUGUCAAGUGUCCCUUAUUUGAAGGGACAGUCCCUUAUUCCAGCGCCAUGUCCCGCUGCUGUCCCUUAUUGAUGGCUGUCCCUUAAAUGUCCCUUAAAUGAUGUCUCUUAAAUUUCAAAGGAAGCAGCUCCUCUCCCUCCCUCCCUGACGGCCAGGGAGGAGGGAGGCUCCAACUGUGUUGCUUGGCUGUGUUGCUCACCCAAUAAGAAGUCUAAGAAUGACUGGGGGGUGGAGCUUGCAUGCCUUGUGUGUGGCUAGUUAAUACAAGCUGAGGGGUUUUUUGAAUGCUGGACGCCAUUUUGUUGCACAUGCUGCUGCAAACUUUGCAGUGCAAAGCCAGGCCGGGGAGCCAUCUUAAGUUGAGACUGCAUAGGCCUUGUGGUGCAUGUGAUUCAGAUUCUAUUCAGUUGAACCUCUGGUUACAAAGUUGGUUGGACAGUGUUCUCAAAGCUACCAGCAUGAGUUUGACCAGACUGCCGGAGGACAGGAAGACUGGAGUGCCUGGAACAGGUGCGGCUGCAGGCAGGUCCCUUAUUUUGGCUGCUGGUCCCUUAUUUUCAAGGCUGCUGGUCCCUUAUUUUCAAAUCUGUAAGUUGACAGCUAUGCCCAUCUGACUGUGUUGCCCCAGCCACUCUGGGUGGCUUCCAGCACAUACAAAAACAUAAUAAAGCAUUAAACCUUAAGAAGCUUCCCUAAAAAUUAAUAAUCUCCUUUCCUGUAACUGGAAGCCAUUGAUUCGGGCCUGACCCUCCGAAGCAGGAGAAAACAAGCUUCCCCCAUCCCCCAUGUGACAGCCCAUCUUGUGGCAGUGAGUUCCGUAGUUCAGCUUAUGGGAGAACGGGAAGAGCCUUGAGGCCGCCCGUCCAUAGUUAGUGCCUGGAGAGCAGACUCAAUAAACACACAACCGGCGGAACUUUUGAAUAAAUAAGGUAUACUAUUCAUUGUAUCAAAUUGUAGAUUUCAACGGAAGUCUCAUAAAGUUCAAUGAAGAAAGCAGAAGACCCAGUGGAUCAGUUCAUUCUCUAGUCAGUUCAUGCGUAAGGUCCAUACAUGUAAAAGUAUCUAUUCCACUUGUCUGUUCAAAGACUCCAAUAAUCCACAUGAAGCAUUGUUACAGUUCCACAGAAUCCUUUCACAGAGUCUAAGACAAGGAUUUCCGGAAUAUUAGCCUUGUUUCGCCAUCCUAGGCUUCAUCAGUAGAACAGGCUCAUAUGUAAUAUUACAGGAUAGUGGAUCUUAUAGCAUAGUAGCGGUUGCAGUCAGACACGCCAGACACACCGUCCCAGUCUUCCUCAGUGUGGGAAGGUGUGUUGCAUAUCUAUUUUAAUGGUAGCAAUUGUUUCUAAAUUGCACACCUAACAUCGGCACAUGUACAUUUUGUGCAAAUCUCUUUCCUUGGGAGGGAGGGGGCAAUGCGUAAGCAGCUGCCUUGAUUACUAUCAGCCAGUGUCAUUUUGGACUUGCAGCUGUCCAUGGAGGUGCAGGUCAAUUCUGUGUCCAGGACAACUGUCUACCAGCUCCAUCUGGUACGCAGGCUGAGACCCUACCUACCCGCAGACAGUCUCGCCAGAGUGGUGCAUGCUCUGGUUGUCUCCCGCUUGGACUACUGCAAUGCGCUCAACGUGGGCCAACCUUUGAAGGUGACCUGGAAACUACAACUAAUCCAGAAUGCGGCAGCUAGACUGGUGACUGGGAGUGGCCCCCUAGACCACAUAACAUCAGUUCUGAAAGACCUGCAUUGGCUCCCAGUAUGUUUCUGGGCACAAUUCAAAGUGUUGGUGUUGACCUUUAAAGCCCUAAACAGCCUCAGCCCAGUGUACCUGAAGGGGCGUCUCCACCCCCAUUGUUCUGCCCGCACACUGAGGUCCAGCUCCAAGGGCCUUCUGGAGAUUCCUUCACUGUGAGAAGUGAAGUUACAGGGAACCAGGCAGAGGGCCUUCUCAGUAGUGACACCCGCCCUCUGGAACUCCCUCCCAUCAGAUGUCAAGGAAAUAAACAACUAUCAGACUUUUAGAAGACAUUUGAAGGCAUUUGAAGACAUUUGAAGGCAGCCCUGUUUAGGGAAGUUUUUAAUAUUUGAUGAGUUAUGGUAUUUUAGUAUUUUGUUGGAAGCUGCCCAGAGUGGCUGGGGAAACCCAGCUAGGUGGGCGGGGGUAUAAAUAAAAUUAUUAUUAUUAUUAUUAUUAUUAUUAUUAUUAUUACUAUUAUUAUUAUUACUAUUACUAUUAUUACUUGGAAACUGCUUUCAGCAAGUCUAGGAGCUCAGUUUUAGCCAGGUUUAGGCUCUCUACCUGAUCAAUAGUUACUUUAAAAAUAAAAAAAAUUAGCAUCUUAUAUGUAACAUCCUGGAAAUAUUAAGAGUAUAAGAAAAGAAGGGCAAAAAAGGUAAUUCUACCAGUAUUACAAAAAGCCGAUACAGUAAUGAAAAAUUCACAAAGCUAUUCAUACAAUGGUCUGGAUCAAUAUCCAAUGUGCUGUUGAAAAAAAUAAAUAGUUCCAGGUGACAAUCGUAUAUCGAUAUGGUAUUUCAAUAUAUGUCAUUGUAUUAUCCAAGCACCCCAAUUAAUUUUAAUACAUCAUGCAUAUCCUGAACUGAUCUAAUUGAACAUUGCAAACCCAUGUUGUACGUUUGGCAGUAACCAACAUUUCUUGUGAUAUUUAAGGAAUAUAAUUCAAUUAGCCAUGAAAUUAUCCUGGUUUUGGGUUGCGUCUGACUGAGUCCUGCUCGGAGACGAACCAUUGGAAUGAAUGGACCGAAGUUAGUCAUGCCCAUUAAUUAUUAUUAUUUUUUUAAUAAAUAUUUUUAAUUAGAUUUUCCAUAAAAAAAAAACAUUUUUACAAAAUUAUACAUCCAUUUUUAACUUAAACCCUUUUUGCCAGAACUUCCCUCAGCUUGUCUGAUAAUUUUCCGUUUAUUUUUUAUCCUCGUCUCACAUUUCCCAAUAUUAUAUUGCACUCAAAUACUCUUAAUCACAUCAUAUUUUUUAAACAAUAUUUCUAACAGUAAUUUCACAGAGCUUCUUGAAAGCCAACGAACGUUAUUUGCUCAUCACAUAAAUUUUUGAUAUACUCUGUAAAUUUCUUCCAGUCCUCGGAGAAUCUCUGGUCACGUUGGUUCCUAAUUCUCCCCGUCAAUCUGUCCAUUUCUGCGUAUUCCAUCAGUUUCAUCCUCCAUUCUUCUUUCGUGGGCAUCUCUUCCUGUUUCCAUUUCUGUGCCAGCAAAAUUCUGGCUGCUGUUACUGCAUACAAAACUAAUUUCACAUCUUUUUUACUAAUUUCAUUAUCCAGUAUUCCCAACAAGAGAGCUUCUGGUUUUUUAACAAAAGUAUAUUUCAACAUUUUCUUUAACUCAUUAUAGAUCAUCUCCCAGAAGCUUUUUACCCUCUUACAUUCCCACCACAUAUGGUAAAAUGUUCCUUCUGUCUCCUUACACUUCCAACAUUUAUUACACACUUUAUACAUUUUACCCAGUUUUACUGGUGUUAUAUACCAUCUAUAUAACAUCUUCAUAACAUUUUCCUUAAUCGUUGUACAAGCUGUAAACUUUAACCCAUCCUUCCAUAAUUUAGUCCAUUUCUCAAAUUCAAUAUUAUAUCCGAAAUCUCUAGCCCAACUAAUCAUAACAGAUUUAACCUCUUCGUCCACAGUAUUCCAUUCCAACAAUAUUUUAUACAUUUUAGAUAAAAUUUUCACUUCAUUGUUUAAGAUUUCUUGUUGAAAUCUAGAUUCUUUUCAGAAUAUCCCCUCUCUAAAACCUCUUUUUUAAACAUUUCAUUUAACUGAAAAUAAUGCAGCCAAUCCUUAACAUAUUCUUUUACUUUUUCAUAUGGUUUCAAUUUCCACUUAUUUCCUUCCUUUUUUAAUAGUCUCUCAUAUGUUAUCCAUCUCCCGCUCAUAUUUAUCUUUUUAAUACUCAUAACCUCUAAUGGUGAUAACCAAUGUGGAAUCUUUGGUUCUAAUACAUUUUUAUACCUAUUCCAAACUACAAUCAAAGAUCCUCUAAAGAUGUGGUUCUCAAACCCUUUAUGUAUUCUUUUUUUAUCAUACCAUAAAUAUGCGUGCCAACCGAAUCUAUUAUCAUAACUUCAUCCAUUCUUUCAACCAACAAAGACAUGAUGCUUCAUAAUAUAACCUCAAGUCUGGCAGGGCGAAACCUCCUCUUUCUCUUGCAUCAGUUAAUAUCUUAAAUUUAAUUCUUGGUUUCUUGCCCUGCCAAAUAUAUCUUGAUAAUAUUCUUUGCCAUUCUUUAAAUAUUGUCACUCCUUUUAUUAUUGGUGUUGUUUGAAAUAAAAAUAACAUUUUUGGUAGCACAUUCAUCUUUAUCGUUGCAAUCCUUCCCCAAAAUGAGAAUUUCAUUCUACCCCACACCUCCAGGUCCUUUUUUAUCUUAUUCCAUACUGGUACAUAAUUAUCGUGAAAUAAAUCAAUACCUCUAGUGGUUAGUGUAAUCCCUAAAUAUUUAACUUUUCUCACCAUUUCAAUCCCUAAUUGUUGCUGCAAUCUUUCAAUUACAUCCUGUUCAAUGUUUUUUGUAAUUAUUUUGGUUUUCUUUCUGUUUAACUUAAAGCCGGCCACCUCUCCAAAUUGUUCUACCUCUUCCAACACUUCAUCUACACUCUUCGUGGGAUCUUCUAUUGUAAUAACUAAAUCGUCCGCAAAAGCUUUGACUUUGUAUUGAUUUUGCCCUACUGACACUCCUUUGAUAUUCUCAUUAUUCCUUAUUGAUCUUAAGAAGACCUCCAAUACCGAGAUUAAUUAUUAUUAUUAUUAGUAGUGGUGGUGGUAGUAUUUAGGGUGUGGGGCAGGCAGAUGUGGUUGGAGCUUCACAGGCCAUAUUUGAACCCCUGUCAGAUCACAUUCCCUGUUUGUUUGUUUGUUUGUUUGUUUGUUUGUUUGUUUGCCGCCCAUCUGACUGGGUUGCCCCAGCCACUCUGGGCAGCUCCCAACAAUAAGUAUUGGGAGUAAGUAUAGCAUUGCAGUUAGGGCUAUUUCCCAUCUUAAAAAUUUUAGGGUUGUAUCCCACUCUAGUCCUACUUGGAGGAGAGCCACUGAAAACAACAACUUUAGUCAUGUUCAUGUACUUUAAUGGAUCUACUCUGAGUAGGACUAGUGUGGGAUACAAUGCAGCAAUUUCUAUGGGUCUACUCUGAGUACAGCUUAGUUGGCCAUAACCUGCAAAUAUAUUAUUUUUCUCUUUUUUUUUUAAAAAAAAACCCUCAUACUCCAACCACACAUAGAAAAAUACAUAUAUCCCCACCCCCCUUUCCUAUUUUUGUGGCGGGAGUAAUUCUUAAUGAUUUUAUGCAUUGUUGUUUAGUCGUUUAGUCGUGUCCGACUCUUCAUGACCCCAUGGACCAGAACACGCCAGGCACUCCUGUCUUCCACUGCCUCCCGCAGUUUGGUCAGACUCAUGUUUGUAGCUUCGAGAACACUGUCCAACCAUCUCGUCCUCCAUCAUCCCCUUCUCCUUGUGCCCUCAAUCUUUCCCAACAUCAGAGUCUUUUCCAGGAAGUCUUCUCUUCUCAUGAGGUGGCCAAAGUAUUGGAGCCUCAGCUUCACUAUCUGUCCUUUAUGCAUUAGCGCAGAAGUAAUAUAGUCUCAUUAGCUUGUAACAGUUCUCUGUAAUUGCCACAUUCUAGGGAAGUGCAUGGUUUUUUUUAAUCUACCCCCCCCUUAAAAAAAAACCCUUUGUAGGAACCCUAAGCCCAGUUCACCCUAUAUUCCCUAAUUCUUUCUGGCUCUGUAUCAUGUUUGACAAGCAGCCGAUAACAUCUUUGCAAAUCCAUGUUUGUUGUUUUUCAUUAUUAAUUUCUCAAAUUCUCUUGCUUCUCUUAAUUGCUCGUGUAUGCUGAGAUAUUCCUGAACACAAUAGAGAACAUAGAAGUGUUCACACAAUAGGGAAGGAAUCCCUUUCAAUCUCUGAGUAAGAGACUAUAUUCCUCUGAAAUAUUACAUCCUGAAACAUACAUAUAUAUAUCUCCAUAUUUUAAAGUUUUUACUUGUAUCCAUCCUUUAUAUUGGUAAAUCCUGACUCAGGUGUAGAGUGGCUUGUACUCAGCACCUGUUUAUAUCAAACUCAUUUUCUAAACAGAUCUGACUUUAAGAAAUUCUCUUCAACAAUCAUUAUCCCCCACCUAAUAUCUUCUGAAAGUGUGCCUUCAUUAUAUGCUGCUCAAACCUUGAAAUAAGAGAAUUUGGUUCUCUUACCAAAUUUACAGUUUGCAAUGUACACUAAACUCUAAUUUGGGAUGAAACGGAGGCAGAAUAAUUAGGCAAACGGAAUACUCUGAAACCGCAUCCUCUGCUCGUUCAUAAAUGCAACACAGGGACUUGGCGGUACCUUAAACCCAACAAAUUUAUGAUGCUCAGAAGCUUUUGUGAGCUACAGUCCAAUAAUGAGAAAGAUGUCAUGCUUGCCUCAGUUUUCAGGUGUAGAGAAUGGGCACAUAAGGAGGAAAUGGUAAGCUGUGGAACCUGAUGGAAAUGAGGCGCAUACCACCUUCUUCUUCGUAGAAUAAUAAUAAUGAAGAAGAAUGCUUUCAGCUCAAUUUUUAUCUCCUUACUUGCAUGCAUAUAUGCAUGCCAACUGGGGAUAGCAUUGCAUAUGAGGACAUAUGCUCCAGAUAGCUGCCACCAUAAAUCUUAGUUUUUACUGUAGGUACAGCCCUCUCUCGUGUCCUCACCAAACGUGCCUUUGAGGGUGGUGGGAAUGAGACAAAGGCCUCCCCCGACAAGUUCAGCUUUAGUGAAACCUUUACAAAAUUAAUAUUCUCUAAUUCUAACCAAAUUCUUUACUAUGGUCUUUGGUAGUUAAGUUACUGUUACGAGACUCAGCUGCUUCCAUUUUGGCUAAUUCUAUACUAUGCUGCUGUUGCAUGGAAUCGUUGUUAAAACAUUUUUCUGUAAUUGUACAUAAGCUGUGUUUUGCUUUUUCAGAAAAUGUUUUUAAUUGUACGAUUGUGUUGCUGAAACCCACCCCUGGGACCUUGCGGUGAAGGGGGCUGCAGAGAAAUCUGACAACUGAAUACAUAAAUUGACCCCACCUUUUUGUUUGUUUGUUUGCUUGCUUGCUUGUUUUGCAAAAUUGCUUGGAGGCAGCUUUGCCGCUGGAAUUGCAAAAAUACAAUAAGCCAUGCAAAAUGAAAGCAAGGGGUACGCACGCGCACGCACGCACACACACAUACAUCCAUAUGCACGCACAACAUCAGAUAAAAACGCCAGUAAAUAUAAAGACGGUAGGAGCCAAGCAAAGUUAAAGAGAAACCCAAAUAAGAGCAGCAGAGAGGUCAAGCAUCAUUAAAAACCAGUGAGGUUGAACUGAAUAUUUCUUCUGUGCCUUUAUUAAUCCUUUGCGCCAGAAUUUCCUUGGAGAUAUAUAUAUGUAUGAAUGUAAUACCCACACACCCCUUCCCACCUCCUGGGUUAUUGCUAAUAAUUUUUUAACGCAUAGCAUUCUGAAUAGCAGUUUCAAUAGCUUACAGCACUUCGUUUCUGUUUUCUUGCUCCAGUUCCAACAACAGCUUUGUAAGGCGGACCAGUUUUGUUCUCGCCCUGUUGCAAAUGGGCAGCAGAGGGUGGGCAGAGAGACUGGCUUGCUUUAAGACAGGAGUAGCCAACAUGGCGCGCUCCAGAUGUUGCUCCCGUCAGCCCCAACCAGCACAGGCAGAGGUGAGAGGUGAUGAGGUUUGUGGCUCAGCAAAAUCUGGAGGAACUGCCAUGGCGGCCCCUGCUUUGAGGCCACCUGAUGAUGUCAUAGCCGAGGCAAAAUUCGAACUCAAGAUCAGUUUCUCCAGUGAUUUCAAGGAAUGACUUUUGGGGGACAUAGGUGAAAAAGCCAAAGACGUCUUGAGCCUUCCCCCACCAAUAUAGAGGGUUUUGUUGUUGUUGUUUCGGGGGGAGAGCAGUCUUGUAAGUUAAACAGCCUGCCUGAUGGCAGAAAUCCAGAGCUACAGCAGGAACCCUGUGCAAUAGAGUUUGACCGGGUUGGGGCAGGACAUGUCAAUAACGACAUAUGAUUGACAGGUGGGUUGUCCCAUCUGUCGUAGUUGGCUUGCUCAGCGGAGCAGAAAUGAUUCCCCGCCCCCUGUUCUGGGCAAUUGAUUUGUACAGUCAAGAAGAUGCUCAGGCAAACAUCUAGGCUCCCACAAGAGGCAGGGAUGGCCACCAAACUGGAUCCUGAAGGGUAAGAUUAUCAAUGGCUACUACCCACAAUGGCUAUUUCCCAUUGCCAGAGGCAGGGCAGGGUGCCUCUGAAUAUGAGCUUCUGGGAAUUGCAGGUUGGGAGAGUUUCUGCUCCGGCCUUGAGGCAUCUGGUUGGCCACUGUGCAAGCAGGAUUCUGGACUUAGAUGGGCCACUGGGUCGAUCCUGCAGGGCCGUUACUGUCUUAUUCCAGAGAGGUGCUUGCCACCCAUUCUGGUUCCUCCCUGGCCUUGGAAAGGGCACCGCAGGACAGGGGUUUGUGGUAACUUGGGCUGGGUCGAGGGCGUGGCGCCACCACCUCGCCUCUUAUUUUUUACGAGAGUGCGUGUGUGGUGAAGCAGCCCUGGGGGCGAAGACUUGACUUAGAGAAGAGCCCAGGCAGCGGCGCUUCGGUUGCUAAGCGGAUUGGAUGUUUUUGUGUAAAUGUUUUUCUUACGCAGAUGGCCCGAGGACUGUCUGUACAGGAGAUACAGUGUCUGCAGAAGAGGGACAGCAGGUUUGUGCAAUGUUUUUCUGGCCUGGGCAUGCUCGGAAAACAUUGUUACCUGGGCAGCCAGCUCCCCUCGUAGGACUGCAAGGGGAAUAGAAUGGGCUUCUGGCUCCCCGUCGUGGCACCUGAUAGGCUGCAGUGAGAUAGGUCAAUGGGACGAUCCAGCACCCAGGCUGUUCUUACGGUUCCAUUUCUGUUUUAAUUUUCAUCCAUCUAUUGUCCAGAUCAAGGGAAGCCACAGUCCCACUCUGUUCUGCCUUGGUCAGACCACACUUGGAAUACUGUGUCCAGUUCUGGGUGCCACAAUUUAAGAAGGGUAUUGAGAAGCUGGAACUUGUACAGAGGAGAGCGACCAAGAUGACUAAGGGUCUGGAAACCCAGUUGAGGGAGUUGGGUAUGUUUAGCCUGGAAAAGAGGGAGCUAUGAUAGCCAUCUUCAAAUAUCUGAAAGGCUGUCUCAUGGAAGAUGGAGCAAGCUUGUUUUCUCCUCCUCUGGAGGGUAGGCUUGAACCAAUGGCUUCGAGUAACAAAAAAAGGAGAUUCCGACUAAACAUCAGGAAGAACUUUCUGAAAGUAAGAGCUGUUCAACAGUGGGAUGCAUAUACAUUGGGAUAUAUUUUUAAAACCUCCCCUUCAGAAGGCUUGUUGAAAGAACAAUGUCUUCAACAGGUGCCCAAGAGACUACAGAGAUAGUGCCUGUUUGAAACAGCAGAGAGCUUGCUUCACAGCUGAGAUGGGGUUUGGACCCAGGUUUGCCCAGUUUGAAUCAUAUAGUUGGAAGGGACCACAAGUGUCAUCUAGUCCAACCCCCAGCAAUCUUUGGCCCAAUGUGGGGCUCAAACCCACAACCCUGAGAUUGAGAGUCUCAUGCGCUACCAACUUUAACCACCACACUUAUCAUUAAGAACAGUGUCGCAAUUCAGCUUCUCUUGGUGUGGGAUUGCAAUUUUAUUUAAACGUAGAGCCAUGCGGUUCUGCUUAGAGCUGGGGUUAAGACAUAAGAACAAAGUAAGCUGCCUUGUACUGCAUCAGACAAACAUCCAUCUAGUUUAGCACUGUCUACACUGACUCUAGGGACACGGGUGGCACUGUGGGUUAAACUACAGAGCUUAGGGCUUGCCAAUCAGAAGGUCGGCGGUUCAAAUCUCCGCAAUGGGGUGAGCUCCCGUUGCUCGGUCCCUGCUCCUGCCAACCUAGCAGUUUGAAAACACAAAGUGCAAAUAGAUAAAUAGGUACCACUCCAGCGGGAAGGUAAACGGUGUUUCCGUGCACUGCUCUGGUUUGCCAGAAGCGUCUUAGUCAUGCUGGCCACAUGACCCGGAAGCUGUGCACCGGCUCCCUCGGCCAAUAAAGCAAGAUAAGCACCGCAACCCCAGAGUCAUCCGAGACUGGACCUAAUGGUCAGGGGUCCCUUUACCUUUACCCUUUACACUGACUCUAUCUCAGCUCUCAGGCAUGGGGCAAUCCUUACCUGUAGAUGCCAGGGAUUGAAUGUAGGACCUUCUGCAUGCAAAGCAGAUGCCCUAACACUGAACUGCGGGCUGUUGUUGUUUGCAUAGCAUGGGCUUGCAACAUCUUUGUAGCUGUUCUCUGAUACACUGUCUUUUCAGCACCCAUAGGUGACGAAGAGGCUUUUUUUGAAAAAAAUGAUUCCCCCUCCCUUAUGUAGACAAUAGUCUGGUUGUACUGGUAGGGCGAAUGACCUGGGAAGCGGGGAGCAGGGGGAGGCAGGCUCCAGCAGGGUAAAGCCGUAGAAAAGCUACCACUUAACUCUACAGGAAUUUCCCCCCUCUGUUGAGUCCUGCAAGCAGCUAAUUUUAGUGUUGCAAGAAAAACAAGAGUGGGUUUAAGGGAUCCUUUUCUCCUCCCAGCAGAAGCUCUUGGGCUUAGCCGGGAGUAGGCAGGGCUCCUCUUCGGAGUUGGCAGCAACUUCUCUGCAGCUCUGGCUUGGCGGUACCUCCAAGCGGAGAAGAGGUCUCGCUCAGUGAUCAGAGGCAGCACCCCCCACCAACGACUCACCUAGCAAAUCUGCAACCUGGACUUUGGCAGCGUUCCAGGAACACACAGCUUGGCGUGUGCAACUGAGUCAAAGGAAACACCCCCAAUAUUUUUUGUUUAUUUCCUUGAUAUUUUGAGGUGUACAGGUUGCCUCCCUGCGCUAAGGGCUGCUAGGCAAUCAUUUUUUAAAAAUGCAGUUCCGAAAGCUGCAUUUGAUGCCAUUUAAUUCUAAUGGGUUUAGUGCUCUCUCUGUCCAGCCCCAGAUCUAUAUGUAAGCACCUCGGGGCUUAGACCUGUCUUGUGACCAUGUCAGUCCUUUAAGCAGAGGUGGGUAGAUUUCAGAGUUGUGGGAAAUAGUUUGGUUCGGAUUUUUUUAUUUUACCAGAACCAGCUGGAGCCAUGUGCAAAAGACAUGUAGUUAGAAUUAAAAAGCUGAGUGCCUCGUUGGAGCACAUUUUGAGCCUCAUAAGUUGUUUCGGUACCAGAACUGACCUGAACUCCCAGCCCUUUUACACCCAGUUCAAGAGACCAAUUUCAUAUUUGUGGUUCCUUUUCUCAUCUUGAGCAAAUAGCUGGAAUUCAAAAGGGGUUUUUAUGUCCUUUAUAAAUUUUUAGACUUUUGUGAUCCCUGCAUUUCAUGAAACCUGUACUGAAAGGCUGCACUUUCUUCCUUGUUUGCAAAAUAAUGCAGUCCUGCACAUUAUGACGCGAACCUCCUCUGACAUGUUUACGUAAUGUUUGUCUGAUACAAAGGUUUGGGGAGAAGAAGAAGAAAUCACCAUUCUGUGGCAAGUCACGAAGCAGGAGCUCCCAAUCUGUCUUCUGCCCCAGAGUAUGUUUCAUUUUUCAUUCUUUGUAUUUAUACCCCACCUUUUUCUCUAAGGAGCUCAAGGUGGCAUUUAGGGUUGUCCCGCUCCUCGAUUGAUUCCCACAACGACCCUGUAAGAUAGGUUAGGCUGAAAGGCAGCAACUGACUCAACACCACCCAGUGAGAUUCAUGGCUGAGUGGGGAGUCUGUCCCAGGUCCUAGUCCACACUGUAUGUGGCAGCUCCUACUGAAGCAGCUUAAUAACAACUGCUUACCAAUAUUUUGGAUUUAUAAUUAUGAUUAGGAACUGCCUGUGGUCACCCAACCACCCUUGAUUUUAAGAGCGCUUUAGAGUUUGUUUGCUUCUUCAUUAAAUUUAUAUUUCUCCCUUCCUCCCAAAGGAGCCCAGGGUGGCAUACACAUCACUAAUAAAACAAUACAAUCAAACAACUAAAAGAAAGAAAGAAAGAAAGAAAGAAAGAAAGAAAGAAUCCCACAUAUAAAUACAAUUAAAAACAGUUCCAGUACAGAUGUGGAUUAGGAUCAAAAUAUCUUCUUGAAAGUCUUCUUGAAAGAGGAAGGUCUUUAGCAGGUGCUGAAAAGAGAAUAGAGAUGUCAUCCAUCUCAUAUUUAACAGGUGUUCCAAGAGAUGGGGGCCACCACACUGAAGGCCUUGUUCCUAUAUCAUAUGGAAUGUUCUUCCUGAUAAAAAAGUAUCAGCAGAAGUUGUCUCCUAGAAUGCAGUGACUAAUAUAUAAGGGACUGAGAUUACCUUUUAGGUAUUAAAUUACGAUGGUUGCAAAGAGAAGCUCGGAGUUGUGAAUGUAAAUGGGACUCUGGGUUUCUGUUUAAACUGAUGAGAUGUUUCUGUCUGUGGGGGAGCCUCUUGGCGUUUUUCUGGUCUGAUAAUGAGUAACCCAAGCAUGUCAGGGUUGUUCUUUGGAAUAGCAGUGGCUGAGCAGUGUUUUAAGAUUAUUCGCGCAGAGUAAAUCUUUCAUGGCGGAUGAGGGCCUCAUUCACCAUCCAAGCUUCUUGAUUCAAAAGCAAGCCCAUGGAGUCUUGUGCCACAUAAUAAUAUUUUUAAAAUUUAUAUCCCACUCUUCUGGCUGGGUUUCCCCAGCCACUCUGGGUAGCUCCCAACAGAAUAUGAAAAACACGAUAAAACAUCAAACAUUAAAAAACUUCCCUAAACAGGGCUGCCUUCAGAUGUCUUCUGAAAGUCAGAUAGUUGUUUAUUUCCUUGACAUCUGGUUGGAGGGCAUUCCACAGGGCGGGUCCCACUACUGAGAAGGCCCUCUGCCUUGUUCCCUGUAACAAGCACAAGCAACAAGCAAACCAAUAAAUCAAUAGAUUUAUUGUGCCACAUGACCAGAUCCUGUGUUGAGGAUUCCUACGGCUGUGCCCCCCACUGUGCUGUGCAAAGGUGCAAAUGGUGGUGGCAGAAUCAGGUCACGUCCACAAACCACAUACUCCAUAUCUGGUGUGCUCAAUCUGCUGGCUUUUGAAGCCUCGUCCACACCAUGUUAGCCACAAUCCAUAUCGAUCCCAUAGUUUCUUGACUAGGCAUAGGCAAACUCGGCCCUCCAGAUGUUUUGGGACUACAACUCCCAUCAUCGGAUGAUGGGAGUUGUAGUCCCAAAACAUCUGGAGGGCCGAGUUUGCCUAUGCCUGUUCUUGACAAACAGAAUCGUGGAAUUGUCGGAUUGGAAGGGAACCCAAGGGCCAUCUUAGUCCAACUCCCUGCAAUGAAGGAAUCACGGCUAAAGAGUCCCUGGCAGAUGGUCAACCAACCUCUGCUUUAAAAACUCCGUGGAAGGAGAGUCCAUCACCUUCCAAGGAAGUCUAUUCCACUGUCAAGCAGCUCAUACGGUCAGAAGGUUCUUCCUAAUGUUUAGCCAGAAUCUCCUUUCUUGUCAUUUGAAUCCAUUGGUUUUUGGGUCCUGCCCUCUGAUGAUCUCAUAGACCUUACAAUAACCUUGAACGAGGCAUUAUGGCAUAGUGCAACCUUCUCCGGCUUGAUGUCCUUCAGAUGUUUUGAGCUGCAACUUCCAUCAGCCAGGAUGGCCCAUGGUCAGAGAUGCUGGGAGCCGCAGUCCAAAGCAUCUGAAGGAGGGCACCAGACUGGGUGGAAAGAUUGGCAGAGUGGUUAAGAGUGUGGGGCUAUAACUGGAGAGAACUGGGUUCAAAUCCCCACUCCGCCACAUAGCUCAUUGGCAGAACAUGAGCCAGUUCCUUGGCCUUGAGCCCCACAGGGUUGAUGCAAGGAUAAAAGCAAGGAGAGCCACAUACACCAUUUCCUUGCAGGAAAGCUGGGAUAGAAGGAAUGAGUGAGAUAACCAGCUUCAAGCCAAGAGAGGGUGACUCAGGAGAUUAGGGUUAAAGGCAGCAGAGUCUAGAGGAGACUUGGGCAUUUGCUAGGGCUGGCUCCAGGUUUGAGGGAGCCCUUAGUCCCCGAGGGCCGCCAUUUUAAUUUCCCAUAAUGCCCUGGUGUGCCUGAUGCAUUGUUGUUGCUCUAGGCCAUUGUGGGGAAAUUAAAUGGCUGCUAGGGCUUGCACCAGGUUUGAGGGAGCCCUUGGCCCCUGAGGGCCGCCAUUUUAAUUUCCCACAAUGCCCUGGUGUGCCUGAUGCAUUAUUGUUGCUCUAGGCCAUUGUGGGGAAAUUAAAUGGCUGCCUGCCGCCGUUACCACUGCCUAGAAUAGGCGUCGGUGCUGGCGAUUCCUGCUGGGGGACUGGCUUGGGGUCCCAGCAAGUGCUUGAGGGUGCUGGGUGCUGGUGCCAGGCCUGCUCUUCACAGAUGGAAACCUGAGCGAGACGGAAACCUGAGUGCGAACGCUCCCGUUCAGCUCUGUGCCAAGACACGUGCCCCAGCAGUUGGCUUCCAAAGGCGAAAAGGAUGCUUUCUCUCCCUCCCUGCCUCCCUCUCUCUGUUUGGACUCUCCUAAACCUGAGAAGCCGCAGAACAUUUAUUUUGUUUGUUGUCCAUAAAGAAAGGGAGGAGAACCUGUCAAGCUGUCAGACAGCGAAAAGCUCACGGGACGUGUCGCUGCUCGCAUUCCCCCCCCCCUCCAAUUGGCGUGAGCGAAUUCGGCCUAGAGGGAACUAACCGACUCUAGUCUCAAAACAAUGUUCCCCUGAAAAUCUCUCCUCUUUUCUCUGCAAUUUAUUUCUCCUCUCCUCUCCCUCCCCACUCCACAAUCCUACUUUUACCUGCUCCUACCUGCAUAAGCACCAGAUUUUAACUGACCUGCAAAAGCUAUUCUCCACCCCCUUACAUUACUUUUGCCACACGGCUGAAAGCUUACUGCAGGUUAAGCUAGAACAUGCAAGAGUUGCAUCUGGUGCUAGAGUUACCCAGAGUAAAGGUAAAGGGACCCCUGACCAUUAGGUCCAGUCGUGGCCGAUUCUGGGGUUGCGGCACUCAUCUCGCUUUAUUGGCCGAGGGAGCCGGCGUACAGCUUCCGGGUCAUGUGGCCAGCAUGACUAAGCCGCUUCUGGCGAACCAGAGCAAUGCAAAGAAACGCCAUUUACCUUCCCGCUGGAGUGGUACCUAUUUAUCUACUUGCACUUUGACAUGCUUUCAAACUGCUAGGUUGGCAGGAGCUGGGACCGAGCAACGGGAGCUCACCCCAUCAUGGGGAUUCGAACCGCCGACCUUCUGAUCGGCAAGCCCCAGGCUCUGUGGUUUAGAUCACAGUGCCACCCGCAUCCUUUUUUUUUUUUUUACCCAGAGUAGACCCGCUGAAAUCCGUGGUCAGGACUAACCUGCAUUGCAUGGACCCAACCCUACAGUUCUGUGGUUCUAACUUAGGUUCACUAAUUGCAAUGCAUCUACCCUGAGUAAGACUUAAGUCGGCUGUAAUUCUUGCUGCACUGCUUGUUUUUCAUUCAAAGGGGAAAUACUUCAGGAGGGAUUGAUUUGUGAGUCUCUUCAUACUGGGCUUUGUUUUUGCAGGUGAAUUCUGCAACAUGCCAUCAAAACAGUAAAAAUUAUACUGGACCGUUCACACAUUUGCUUUAUAUGGGAAUAGCUGCAAAAAAUAACGGAGCUCAUUUAAAAUUAUAUAAAUAAGUACUUGCAGUGUGAAGUCUUGUGUUAUAAGAACUGUAACUUUAAGAGCUUGGGCCAAUGCUUUCUUGCUUCCUCCUCCCUUCCAUUCCUUUUUCCUCGUGUGUUAUGUCUUUUUAAAUUGUCAGCCUGAGAGAACUGAUUUCUGCAAGCUGCUCUGAGAGCCUUUUUGGCUAAGAUGAGGGCAUAUAAAUGUCAUAAAACUCAUAGAUCAUGUCAACAGCAUGAAUAUUUAUAUUUAAAGGUUUGUGCAAUGGGUUUUAAGGGUUGCAGGAAAUGCUAGUCUUACUCAGAGUAGUCCCGCUGAAGCUAAUGAAUAUGGCUUAGAUGUCUGGCUCUUCUAAGGCUAUACAGAACCUUCUCUAACUACAUAGAACCUUUAUUCUCAAUAAUAAUGGAUAAUACUUUUAUUUUUUAUAUUUGUAAAGGGAAUCUUUGUAUGAGUUUAUUCUCCCAUAGGAGCUGUGCUGGAUCUUUGUACUUUCAUCCUUCCAGGCGAUGGCGCUUUGUAGUUUAAAUUUUGGAUUCUUUGUUAUUUUUGCACUUGUUAAUAAAUCAAUAAAAGGGGUGGGUGUGUUACGGGCUAGUAAUUUUUGCAGGUUUAAUUUACAAGGCUGGUUUCCAUGCUCAAUAUCCACUAUGCCUUCAGAGAAUCCUUGGUCGUCUAUGGUGACCAGAUGAGUUAAAUGUAAGGCUCUUUGGGUCCGCGACUGGGAUAUCAUUAGAGUCUCUGGGGCACCUAUUUAAGACAUUUUUGCGGAGUCCAGGAGAGGCCCUGGGACUGGUGUGAGAGCUGCAAGGAGCAACAUCUGGCAGCUGUAUUUCUGGAGCCGAUGCCAUGACGCUCCACUCUAUCGCUGAAACCACACGCCUUAUCUUCAUUUUCAUCCUCUGGAGCCGCAAUGAGUGUUUGUUUGGGAAGGCUCUUAUCGGGAGAAUCUGUUUUGGAAACGUUUGAAAGGGCUCCUCCUCCGCUUGAGUUUCGGAUGCUCCCAUCAUCUGGAAAGAUCUGGGAAAUAUCUUGGGCCUUUGAACGGGCGCUCUCGUCCAUUGCCAACUGGAAUUCUCUCAUGCUUCCCUGGCACCUCUUACUGCUGCCGCUGGGGAUAUCUUAUGCUGCUUGCAACAUGGUCUUGGGAAAGGGACUGCAGAGGCUGUAGGACACAGCUAGUGGGGGGUGGGGAUCCACGGCACGCUAGGUAUCACUUGGCCUACAAUUUCCAGCAUCUUUGGUCGUACAUUGGCCAUGCUGGCUUGUCCAACUAUGUCUAGAAGGCUGCAGUUCCACAUCUGGGCAAUAGGGGGCAUCUGGGAUUUCCGGCAGGUUGGUCAUGGGCAGAAGAGGACUGCUGAAAGAGCCAUGAGCCAGAUUUUGGCAUUCCAAAGGUCCAGUCUUGUGACUGCUUGCUGAUGGUGCAUAUAUAGUAUGAAUGGGCAAAACUGUCCACUUUGACUUCUUCCUCUUUCUCAUUUCCCCCAUUCUUAAGGUCAGUUCUCCACAUUUCCAUCUCAGUUUGCAUUUUUUUUAAACUGUGAGAAACCACCGGCAUUACAAUGUGAAUUUCUGCUGAGAGACGCAAUUUUUUGUGCGCAAUUUUGCCUGAUGUUCACAUCAUUGCAAAGCAAUUUCUCCUAAUGCGAUGCGUUCCCCCCCCCCCACGAAUAUAGGCCUCUAUAGGCACACUUUACCAUAGUAGGUGUUUUUGUGUACACGCUGCUUGGGACUGGAGAGCUGCCUUGCAAAAUUCCCAGAAGUGUGGGUUUCAAAGGAUGCUUUGGGUGUUGAUUCAGAAAGUGUAAAUUAGAGAUGUUUGCCUUUAAAUGCAAACUGAACUCCCUCCCUAUGUCAUCUAGAGAAAUACAGUUGUCAUGAUUUUAGAUGGGGUGUUAUUAUUUGAUACGUUUUUGAUUCCUAUAUCUGCCUUUAGUUGGGCAUAUUAUUGAAUUUUUGCUAUUGCUUAUUGGUCUUUGUGGAUCAAUAAUACAGUAGUACCUUGGUUUUUUUUGAACAACUUAGUUCCUGAGUGUUUUGGCUCCCGAAUGCCGCAAAUCUGGAAGUGACUGUUCCAGUUUGCGAACUAUUUUUGGAAGCCGAAUAUCCGACAGGGCUUCCACAGCUUCCGAUUGGCUGCAGGAGCUUCUUGCAGCCAAUCAGAAGCCACACUUUGGUUUUCGAAUGUUUUGGAAGUCGAACGGAUUGCAGGAAUGGAUUCCAUUCGACUUCCAAGGUAUGACUGUAAUUCAAAAGCUAAUAUAUAUAUUUAUUAAAAAUUCAAACUGAAUUGAAUUUCUGCUUCACCCCUAAUAUCCAGCAAAAAAAGAAAGAAACCCCUUUGCUAGAAAAAAAAUGAGUUAUAUCUCAGAAAAGCAUGCCUGCCCCCAUCAAAGCUGCUCCAUUUGGAGACGCUGUAACUUGGAGAAGAAAGGUCUUUCAGGCUCAGUUUUCAGCAUCUGCUGUUUAAAAGGGCCAAAUAACAGGUGACCUGAGACCAUGGAGAACUGCUGCCAGUUAGAGUAAGUAAUGAUGAACUCGAGAUUGCGCAAUGGGCUCAGCAUGGCCGGUCCACGUGUCCACCUUAAAAGAGGCCACCAGAUUCUUAUGUGAAAUUGACAAAUUUCUGAUGCCUCCGACAGCCAAGAAGAUUGAUAUGGACCCUGUGGAAAGGGAAGUCAGAAGUGCAGAGAAUGCUGCUGCCCCUUCAGCUUCUGGUGGGCAUUACGGCUACGGAACAAUCAGCAAAGCCAUCACCAAGGGCGAGGAAUGGAGAUAUUUCUAGGGUGGGCCAUGCACCGUUCAGAGUACAGUUGGAGCCAGCAGAGAACGGCUACUGUUUGGUGGCGGGCUUUGGAAUGGGGAGAAUCCAUAGCAUGUUUGAGGAAGAGCUGUGGAUACAGCAUCUGGAUGGCUCAGCUGGUUAGAGUGUGGUCUGAUAAUGCCAAGGUUGCAGGUUCGAUCCCCGUAAGUGACACCUGCAUAUUCCUGCAUUGCAGGGGAUUGGACCAGAUGAUCCUCAGGAUCCCUUCCAACUCUACGAGUCUAGAAGGUCCCAACUUCAACCCCCAACAUCUGCAGGUAGGACUGGGAGAGAUCCCAGUCUGGAACUCUGGAGAGACACAACCAGUGAGUGAUACUGAGAUCUAGAUGGACCAAUGGUCUGGCUCAAUAUAAGGCAGCUUCCUCUGUUCCAUGUUUGGCUGCAAGAGGAAGAGCAAUGGUUCCCAAGAGUUACUUUUAUUUUAUUUUUUAAAGCAAACAAGUCAGGCAGACAGAAGGAGCUGGAGGUGUCAAUGGGUGGAUGGACUGAGCUCUCUGUCGUUUGAAGGCUUCUUCUGGCUUGGUCCCAUUCCAUCCCAAGUUGCUUCUUCUCACAACCAAACAUGGAGGAGGCAUCUCCUUAGGCUGCUUCCCCCACCUCCCAGCUUGGCUUGGAAGAGAGGAGGGAGAGACUUGGAGGUGGUUGGGGCCUCAGGGACCCCACAGGAUGUGCCCAGUCCCCAGUGGGUUAGUCUGCAAAAGGCUUCAGCUGGGGCUGGGACCCUGUGGUAAAGGGCAUCUGUUUUGCAGGAAUAAGGAGCUUGGGUCAAUCCCCAAUGGCCAUCUCUAGGCAGGGCUGGGAAUGUCCUUUGCUUGAAAUACCAGAGGACCACUGCCAGUCUGUGCCAACCUCACGGCGCCAGAUGGAUGCAAGCAUUGUUGCCAAUCAGCUUUCUUCUCAUUACUCAACUAGCUUAAGGAGUCUUCUACAUGAGUCUCAAAGCAACCUCCACACAAACACCAUGAAAUCAUCUACAAAUGCUUAGGGAAAACAUUGCCCCCCCCCCAAAAAAGGCUGGUUAAAAAAUCAGCACAGACCACAGAAAAUACCUUUCCACCCACCUGGAAAUGCCUGAUCAAAAGAACAAACAAAUAUGUCUUGAAAUGCUUCUGCUUGUCGUAUCUCAGCAGAGAUACGGGGGCAGCCACAAUGAAAGCCCUGCACCGAGUUAAUUUGGGUGGGCUUCCAGUCUUGGGGGGGUGGCAGAGGGGACGAAGGAGGGACUCUCCCCUGUCACUUCCUGGGUCUGUAAGGAGCAAGGCAGCCUCUCGAGCAACUUGGGCCUCACACUAUAUGGGGCCUUCUAUUUUUCUGCCCAAAUCUUGAGCUUCUCCUGGCGGUGCAGCCUGGCUUGCCCAGUGGUUGAAAGGCCUGACUCUGUGAAGAGAACAGGGAGCCAGGAAAAGCUCCGCCUGGCCUUCAGGAGGGAAGUGGUUUUGAGGGAGCCUCUGGUGAUCAGAACGCUGCCCGUGCUGAGGGAGGGUUGUGGCAGCCAGCGCUGGCAGCCAGUGUCCUUCGCUGUGCUGACUUUGGCCGGCUCUCCACCACUUUGGCUUCUCCUAAUAGCCCUUGGAUACACUGUGACUCCUCAGCCCUGACAGGGCAAGUCCUAUCCCUCUCCAUUCUGGAGAGACAAAGGACAGCUGUUGAGCUCCGGAGAGCAGCAGGCUCCCAGGCCGGGGGGGGGGAGGGAGAAGAGGCAGGGAGAGGAGGGAAUACCUCCAAGCCCAUGUGUACAUCUUGUGUACAGUAGCAGCUAGGGAUAAGUGAAAUCUCUCCGUUUCGGGUCCCAUUCUCCGCUGCUAAGUUCCAUUCUUUAUGUUUCCACGCUGGAUUGUGAUUAAAAGACGGGGGGGGGGGGGGUCCACACAAAAAAUUCGUCAGCAACUCAGUUUGGAUUCCUCCUAAUGGACACAUGUUUGCAUGCAAGCUUGAGUAAUUAUACACGUGUUUUGCAAAGCAAUUUUCCCUAAUGUAAUGGGAGGAAUUGAGUGUCAUAGUCCUCUGGUUGUUCCAUUAGCACAAGAAUUUGUGCUUGCCAGGCAGAACAAUCCUUUGUGUGCUGUUCUGGGGCUUCUCCUGACUCUCCAAAGCAGAUUUGGGGGGAUAUGUGUGGGGAGAAGAGGGGAAAUCCCCACCGCACUAGCAAGAACCCUUGCUGUGGCUUCUACUAGUGCACCAGUUUAGCUGAAUGCGCCCCAAUGCAUUUUCCAAUGCCGUUUUCAAUAAUAUAUGCAUUUUUAUGCACACUUGACUGUUGCCUAUAUAUAUUUUGCAUGCAUUACUUGGCUGGAGAACUACACUGCAAAGUCUGGAGGCGUGUGCAUUUAGAAGUGUGCAUUUCUCUUUGUGUGUUGUUUCAGAAAGUGUAAAUUCAGUAGCUUCGCUUUUAAAUGUGGACAGAAUUGAAUUUCUUCCUAACCAGCAGAGCGCUGAAAGCGGCGCAGUUUGGAAUAGUGUGUGAUGCUUAGGAAUGGCAUUCUAGGACAGGAGCGUGUCGUGCAAAUACACUUUCUUUUGCAUACUUCGGGGUGGAACGUAAAAGCUACACCUCUUGACUUCUGGGGCCUGCGGGAUGUUCGGGGAAGGGAUCCUGGCGCCCUCUAGCACCCAAAGAGGUGAAGUACAAGGGGAGCUGGCAAGACCAGCAAAACAGCGAUGGGCCAGUGCUCAAAGCAGGGUGAUGUCUUUGCAAAAGCAUCUAGCUCUUGCAACAGCUUUUUGAACUCGAGUUGAGUCAGGCCACUAUCCCGUGGCAAGAGGAAGUAGGAAGCUUGGGUCUAUUUCUGCUUUGUAAAAGGAAGCCCAUGAAAUGAGUUGACUAGCCAAGGGCUGAGGUGCGUUUUCAGCCCGGGGGCCACAUCCCUUUCUGCGCAACCUUUCAAGGGCCACAAGCCAGUGGUAGGCAGCAGCAGAGACCCAAAGUGGGUGGAGCAAUGGAUGCAAAUAUUAUUCUGUACACUAAGCUGGUUUCUAAGGGACGCGGUGGCGCUGUGGGUUAAACCACAGAGCCUAGGACUUGCCGAUCAGAAGGUUGGCAGUUCGAAUCCCUGUGAAGGGGUGAGCUCCCGGUGCUCGGUCCCUGCUCCUGCGAACCUAGCAGUUCGAAAGCACAUCAAAGUGCAAGUAGAUAAAUAGGUACCGCUCCAGCGGGAAGGUAAACGGCAUUUCCGUGCGCUGCUCUGGUUUGCCAGAAGCGGCUUAGUCAUGCUGGCCACAUGACCCGGGAGCUGUACGCCGGCUCCCUCGGCCUAUAGAGCAAGAUGAGCGCCACAACCCCAGAGUCGUCCGUGACUGGACCUAACGGUCAGGGGUCCCUUUACCUUUACCUAAGCUAGGUUCUACACACACUCCUCCUCUCUAUCCAGGGAAGCAAUAAGCAUUAUUUUUUAUUAAAGAUUUGUGGUACAAAACAAACAAAUAAACAAGAGAAAGUACAUACAGUGGUACCUCGGGUUACAUACGCUUCAGGUUACAUACGCUUCAGGUUACAGACUCCACUAACCCAGAAAUAAUACCUCGGGUUAGGAACUUUGCUUCAGGAUGAGAACAGACAUCGUGCUCCGGUGGCGCGGCGGCAGCGGGAGCCCCAUUAGCUAAAGUGGUGCUUCAGGUUAAGAACAGUUUCAGGUUAAGAACAGACCUCAGGAACGAAUUAAGUACUUAACCCGAGGUACCACUGUAUUGCGUCUCCACUUUCAAGCCAUAGAGUCUUUUUUUCAGUUUGUAUGCAUUCAGUAUGAGACACUAUUUUCAUAGACGUUGGGGGCAAAGGGGGGGGGGAGAAAGAGGGACGGAGAAGGUUGGUGGGGAAUGAUAUUUUCAUUAUGAGAGUUGAAGGACACCUUCCAACUAGGCAGAAAACACUCCAGAAGAGUGAAAUGCAGGGUUGCAAGAAGGUGUGGCCUGCUGAGACUCUCAAGGGCCAGACAGAGGUUUGGAGGGCCACAUUUGGCUCCUGGGUGUGAGGUUCCCCAUCCCUGGAUUAAAAGAGCGCCAUGGUGUUGGUGUUAGUCUUCCUUUUUUAUUUCAUGACAGUCAUUUGUUAGGAAGCAGAGCAGCGAGGGCAAUUUGCUGGGGAGAUUCCUGGCAUCCACAAAGUGCUUCACUUCCUGGCUCAUGAUGCAAUCCUGUUCACAGCUCUUCAGAAGUAAGUCCCAUUGAGUUCAGUGGGGUUUACUUUCACGCAAGCAGGGUGCAGGAUUGUGGCAGGCCUCUCCAGUUACCCAGGGGGGAAAGGCAAGGGUGACCUAAUCAGCAAAAGGUCAUCCUAGCAUCAGCGAGAUCCGGGUUCAAGUGCUUGCCCAGCCAAGGUGAUGUUGGGCCAGUCAUACAUUCAGGGCUUCGCCUUACCUCUUAGAAUUGUUGCGAGGGCAAAAUGGAAGGAACUGUGUAUGUCAGCUCGAGGUUUUUCAGUGGCGUGCGGGGAAUGGCAGAAUGAAAAUGCAAUAAAACAAUUUGCAACUUUUUAUUUGUCAAAAAGAAAUUGUCGUGGUUUCACAGCGAUCCGCUUCCUUGGUGGGUAGCUAUCGUAAUCUUUGCUUUUGGAACUUCUCUUUCGUUCUUGUGACAGUAAUGGUUUAAGCGUGGGGAGCUGAUGAAAUCUUUUUGGGGUGACUGGUCAGGUGCCCAUCCCCAUGGAAAACUCUUUGCAGAGCUGGCCCUGCUGUUAGGCAAAUGCAAGCACUGGGUGUUGGCAGGGGGUGGACAGGCAAUAGCAUCUUGGUGUCUGAAGUGAGAGGUGUGUGGCCUUUAUUCCCUAAGUUACCCCGCUUGCCUGGGUGCAGUGGAGCAGGCUGUCUCACUGCAAGUCCUGGGGGUAGCAUUUAGCUGCCAGUUGAGUCAACCUCUAUACAGUGGUACCUUGGUUCUCAAACCUUCAGGAAGUCUGUUCCAAAACCAAAGUGUUCCAAAACCAAGGAGCGCUUUCCCAUAGAAAGUAAUGCAAAACAGAUUUAUCCGUUCCAGACUUUUAAAAACAGCAAUUUAACAUCAAUUUUACUAUCUAACAAAACCAUUGAUCCAUAACAUGAAAGCAGUAAUAAUCAAUGUACUAUACUAUAAAAUAAAUAAGACAGUAUUGUAGAUGAUAAAAAAAAAAAAUUCCCUUACCUGCACUGAUGAUAGUCAUUGUUUGGAUGGGGGGAUUUUAUCCAUUUCUGCAGUCACACAAUCAAUCAGUAGCUGAACUGGGUUCCACACAGUCACAAAAACAAAUUAACCGAAAAAGCCUCAAAAACAAAAAUGCAAAAUAAAUAGCAAAAGCACAACACUUAAUCCAUUCUGGAAAUCUAUUUGACUUUUGAAAUGUUCAAAAACCAAGGCGCAGCUUCUGAUUGGUGCAGGUGCCCCGGAAACAAUAGCCGACAGCCGCAUCGGCCUUCGGCUUCCAAAAAAUAUUUGAAAACUGGAACGCUUACUUCCGAGUUUUCAGUAUUUGGGAACCAAGGCGUUUGAGAACCAAGGUACCACUUUGCAUGUAUUUGCAGUGCAGAAAGGCUGUUUCUCAGCGGCAGGGCCCCGCUUUGCAAGCAAAAGAGCCCCAGGUUCAAUCCUCGGCAUCUCUAGCUGGGCUGGGUGAGGCCCCUACCCAAAACCUUGGAGUGCCACUGCCAGUCAGUGUAGGCAUUACUGGACUAGAUGGACUAACAGGAUGACUCCGUCUAAGGCAGCUUCCUAUGUUCUUUCAUGCUAAGCAGCAAAAUGUGAGAUGGCUGCACACACCCCAUAUAUUUCAAGCACACUUAGAGCACAUCAUUUCCCCCAAAGAAUCCUGGGAACUGUAGUUUGAUCAGAGUGCUGGGAGUUGUAGCUCUGUGUGGGGUAAACUACAGUUCCCAGGAUUCUUUAGGCAACGUGAUGUAUGUGACUCACUUUUAUUUUAACCUUUUCAAAGCUGGUGGAGGCAGCUUCUUUUCACUAAGCGUUUGGAGGCAGGGUCAGAGAUGGAGUAGCCACGGCUGCUGUUUCGUUUUCCUGCUGCUGUUUUGUGGAUUGUUCUUUUCUUUUCGUGAGUAUUUCCAAUGUAUUUUACUAGAGUUUUGAAUGAUCUGAUGUGGCUAGCCACCAUGGGGAGCUCUUUGAGCAAAAUAUGGGUGGUAUAUUAAAGAGAAUGAAGUUGUACGGACAAGAGUUGGGGGCCAAAGCAGACGUGACGUUAUGGGUGCAUUUGCAUUUAAUGUGCAAGUUUUGGGGGGAAAUGCAAAAGAGCAUCAGAUGAGGCAGCGGAUAUACUGAUAAUUAUCAGAAUCACAACAGAUAGGGAAGGGGGAAAGGGGAAAGGGUUCUCCCCGCAAAGCAAGCAAUACCUUCAAAUAAGGGAUUUUCAUCUGGAUUGCAGCAACGGUUAUGAACCCCUCCUGUCUGUUACGAUUCAGAUCAUUAUUGCUAUAACUCCCUUUGGCAGGAUGGGGUACCUCCAUCCCAUGGGCCCAUCUUGGAAAGCCCUGAGGCCAUUUGUCAGAAACCACAAACCUCGCCUGCCCAUCAGCUGACUUGGUUUGUGAUGUCAUCUGAUGGGCAGGAGGGCAAGGUUAAACCCUGCAUUGGAUGCGUGCACCUUUUUCCCUUAGGGAACAGAUGGGGCAUGCAGCCAACACAGCAGGAUUUAACCCCUUUUUGCUCAAGACCUGAUGGGCCGGGGUUUGAAUCCUGCUCAGUUUUGCAAGAUUCCAUGCAAAAAUAAAAACAAAAAAAAAACUUGAGGACUUCAGAGCACCUUGCACCUGAUGUCAUUUGGGACAUCAGUUGAUUGACAGCUGAGCAGCCCCACCCACUUGUCAAAUUUGGCCUCAGGAGGCCGAUCCUGAUAUGCUCCUGGCCCGUGGAGCUGAAAAGGUUCUCUGCCCCCACUUCAGAGUAUAUAUAUCCCACUCCUCCAUGAAGAUUACUGGGGUUUGUGCUAGAUGACCCCUGGGGUGCCCUUCCAGUUCUGUGAUUCUGUGAUUCCAGGGAUCAGACCUGAGACCUUCUGUAGGCAAAGCCGUUGGGCCACAGCAAUGGAGGAAAGGGUUAAAUGAUCUUUACACCCCUGCUGCUAUUUGCAUUUCUUAAAACCUGCAUGCUCAGUGCAAAAAAAAUGCAAUGAACCUGCAGUUUGGUCCUUGGCUACUGGGUUUGCUGUUAGGUGGCCGGGAUCCACUGCUAACUUCAUUGUUGUCCUUGUUCCUCCUCCCUUCUCUCCCCAUCCCCAUAUCGUCCUAGCAGAUAUUUGGCAAAGCUGUCUUCUGUGGGAAGUAUCUCUGAGGAAGAGACCUGCGAGAAGCUGAAGGGUCUGAUCCAGCGGCAGGUGCAGAUGUGCAAGAGGAACUUGGAGGUCAUGGACUCGGUGCGCCGGGGGGCACAGCUGGCCAUUGAGGAGUGCCAGUUCCAGUUCCGCAACCGCCGUUGGAACUGCUCCAUGCUGGACAGCCUGCCGGUCUUUGGGAAAGUGGUGACACAAGGUGAGGUUUCCCCCCUUUUGGUGAGGUGGCCUUUACUCCCCUUUUGGUGCAUUGGGCCACAUGCAGAAGGUUCCCUGGGUAGUGGGAGGGACAUAACUCAGUGACAGAGCCUCCCCCUUUGCAUGCAGAAAGUUCUGUGUUCAGUCCCCAGGCUGGGAGAUACCCCUGUUCAACAACCCUGGAGAGUUGUCGCAAGUCGGUGAGCUAGAUCGGCCCGAUGGUCUGCCUUGGGGUGAGGCGUCUCCCUAUUUAAGCAAGCUUUUCUCAGAAUCAUGAGGACCGGCGUCUUGGCUUUUUAUUAACAGAAGGACCAUGGCACAGUUGUAAAAGCACCUGGUUUGCUUGCAAUGGCUCCCAGGCUCAAUCCUUGUUGUUUCCAGGUAGAGCUGGAAAUGUCCCCUGCCAGAAACCUUGGAGAGUGGCAGUCAGUCAGUGUGGAAAAUAUGAAAUAGCUGGACCAAUGGUAGGCCUGGGCGAUACAUCAAUAUAUUGCCCAGGACCAGUAUGAGGAGCAGACCACGAUGUCGGUUUCACUCAGCAGUACAGUGGUACCUCGGGUUAAGUACUUAAUUUGUUCCGGAGGUCUGUUCUUAACCUGAAACUGUUCUUAACCUGAAGCAUCACUUUAGCUAAUGGGGCCUCCUGCUGCUGCCGUGCUGCCGGAGCAUGAUUUCUGUUCUCAUCCUAAAGCAAAGUUCUUAACCCGGGGUACUGUUUCUGGGUUAGUGCAGUCUGUAACCUGAAGCGUAUGUAACCCGAGGUACCACUGUAUAUCACUGGGGAAUUCGCCACCUCUCCCGAUUCCCUGUGCGAACAGUGUCUGCGAGAGUUCCUUCCUCCAGCAGCGCUGCUAGCAGAGGGACUCAGAAGCGGCGGCGGUUUCAGCAGCGAUAUAUCGCUGAGUGAAACCGCCAUCAGACUCUGCCCUCAUACGACAGAGAGGGAGAAACAAGCUGUAUUGGCGAGGUGCUGAUACAGCUUGUUCCUCCCUCUGUAUCUUUAAACUGCUCAACUGAGGAGUGUUCAGCUGCCCUUGCCUCAGUCGAUCAGUUAAAGGAGCCCCCAGCCCGGCACUGGCUCCCGCAAGCUGGCAGCAGGGUGGGGGCUCUGUGAAACUGCUAAGCUGGGGAGAGUGUGGUUGCUGCACCUCGCACUGAGCAGUUAAAGGAGCCCUGAUGUUCUUGCGGUUCACGCAUAAGCGGCAAGAGCACUGGGGCUAUUUCAGAUGGGGGGGGGAACCUUCCCUCCCUCCAGUUGAGCAGUGCGAACAAACUGCAUUAUCCCAGCCUGCAAGCCUGGGGAAAACUGCCUUGAGGUGAGAACUAGGGCAGUUUCACCCAGUGUCUCUUGGGCAGAGGCCCGUGCAUCUUGUUUUUGCAACAUCGCAGUAUAUCGCCAAACUGCGAUGUUUGGCUGGCGAUGCACCGCAAUGUUGAAAAGCUGAUAUCGCCCAGUUCUAAGCAAUGGUCUGACUCAGGCAACAGCUAUCCUGUUUUAAAGAAGCAGGUUGUUUAGGAGAGAUGCAGACAUCUGGGACAUAGCAAGAUUGGGAGGAAAGUUUAUAUGUAUUAGGGGGGAGGCAUACUUCUGUAAAGGCUUUCAGGGCCAAAGCGCCGCGCCCCCCACCCCGGCCUUCAAGGUGGUGAUUCACAGUUAAAAUCGUUUUUUAAAAAAUAAAUAAAUAAUGCAAUUCAAUGCGUAGGAUACGUAACUGACCAACCAUACCAGCAUUAUGCAUUACAAAGGGGUUUUUUUAAAAAAAAAUUAUUUAAUCAUUUUUUCAGUACAAACAGCAACCACAAAAAACACAUACAACAAAAACCACAAUAACACUAAUAACACAAUUUAACAAUUCAUAUUUGAGUACUGAUAUACCUAUAACUACACCUUCUUGACAAUAUUUCCCCACCUCUCCUCCCCCUACUUCCCACCACUUUCCGCCUUAUCACUUAAGUAUUCCUUCCAGAUUUCUUCAUAUUUAUCCAUUCUUAAUUUGCAUCGAUAUGCAAUUUGUUCGUAUGUAACUAGUCUAUCCAUAUUGUCAAUCCAUGUGCUCAAUGGGAUCUUUUUGCGGCUCUUCCAAUUCAUCAGAACAAGUUUCUUUGCUUCUAACAUGGCACGGUACAUCCAUUUUUUUUUGACCCCUUGUAAUCUCCGACGUUUUCGGUAUAUAAUUUAGAAUUAAAUUCAAAUCCCCUAAAUAACAAUUUCUUUUUAUUACUCUUGCUAUAUAUCUCCUCACCUCGUACCAAAAUGAUCUUAUCAUCGGGCAGUUAAUCAUGAUAUGUACUAAGUUUGCAUUUUUACUUCCACAUCUCCAGCAGUUGUCUGCAUUUGUUAUUUCCUUCUGGCAAAGUUUUGCUGGAGUCCUAUGCAUUACAAAGUUGAAGAUAGGCAGGAUUAAUAUUCAAGCAUCUCCAGCCAUUGUCCCUGCUGAAUGAGGCUGGUGGGAAUUGGAGUCCAGCAACACAUGCGGGCCCACAAGGUAGGUCCCCUCCCCCCCGCUCAGGAGUCUCAUAGUUCAGGUGCGCAGGAUCCUCUGGGAAAGGGGCUCACAAGCGGGGCACGAAGGCGGCAGACUCCUCCUGUCGCCUCUUUGCAGCACUCUGGAUUCCAAGGUAGACUGCACCUGGGUGUGGAGGUUCUGUUUCACCGGCACAGCUGAUAGCCACCAAAUCAGACCAUUCAUCCUCCCAUGAAUUUGUACAAGGGUUCAGAGGUCCAGGAUUAAGGUCUGGGAUUGGUUUGGGGGCAUCCUUCAGGUGCUCAGUUAUAUACACACACCACACACACACACACACACAAAACAACAACCCAGAGGCCUCUGCCGUUCUCUGUGAACUGCCCCCCACCUUACAGCUACCCACCCACACUCAGGUUGCCAUCCUCGCCACCGCUGCGCCUCCUUAUUUAACUUUCCUCCGGCCGUCUUCAGAGCAGGGCUGCAGAUUUGUGCUUGCAAAGGUUUCGCCCUGGAAAUGCCAGAAAUACCAGCGAGUGAAGUCGUCUCCCUCUCGGGCGGCCACAGAGCGAAACCCACGGACGCUAGGCCUGCUAUUAACCUCGAUUAACUCGGAGGUCGCUCGGUUGCUUUGAGUCUCUGGUGCCUGAGCCGUCCUGACCGCCGGGACGUUUUAUUUCUCUGCGCCCACCCCCCCUUCCCAGACACCCCUCUCUCCUGUUGAGGCUCUGGGAUUGGAGUGUGUGUGUGUGUGUGUGUGUGUGUGUGUGUGUUCAAGGGCAUUUGUGUCCUUCCCUGCUGGCUGUUUGGGGCUGUGAGAAUGAAGCAAAGGCCUCUCAGUGGGGCCUGUGCCAGGAUCUUCCAAGACAGAAGGGUCUGUUCCAGUCUAACCACCCCUUGGCAGGGACGGAGUGUUGCAAGACAUAAUUGAGAACUGCUAAACCAAUAUUCCUCUUUCGUUAACUCCACCCGCAUGCACCUACCCACAUGAGGGUGACGGGGGGGGGGGGGGAGGUAGCGAGAAGAACACACACAGCCACCAACAUAGCUUCACCUCUUCUUCUUCUUCUCUUCCUCCACCCCCUGCUUUUGCAGAGUUGCAGAGAGAAAGCAAUAAGAGGAGUUCUCAGCCUGGCUUGGUAGAUGUUCCCAGCCUGGGAGCAGAGCAGAAAGAGUAUUAGAGAGGAGUUUGGACUCUCCUGAGAGGAGUUUCGGACAGGGGUGUGUGUGUGUGUGUGUGUGUGUGUGUGUGUGUUUAAUUUUCCUUGCUAGGCUUUAAUUGGAACCGCACGGGUUCAAAUACUGACUCAGCAAGUAAGCAUACAGGCUGGGUCUGGAACCAUGGUAGAGAAGGAAAGGUUUAAGACACGGGUAGGCAAACUAAGGCCCGGGGUCUGGAUGCGGCCUAUUCGCCUUCUAAAUCAGCCCGCGGACGGUCCAGGAAUCAACAUGUUUUUACAUGAGUAGAAUAUGUCCUUUUAUUUAAAAUGCAUCUCUGGGUUAUUUGUGGGGCAUAGGAAUUUGUUCAUCCCCCCCCCCCCCAAAAAAAUAGUCCAGCCCCCCACAAGGUCAGAGGGACAGUGGAACGGGCCCCGGCUGAAAAAGUUUGCUGGCUCCUGGUUUAAGAGUUAGCAAGGAAUAGAGUUAGGAACUGUCAGAACACUUGUUUCCCAAAGCGGUUGGCAUUGCCCCCCCCCCCGGGUCGAUGGGACUGUGCCAGGAGUGAAAGCAGACCUAGGGUUCGAAAAGAGGCUGGCAUGAAAAAGCAGUUCACAAGGUAUUGUUGUUGACAUCCAUCUGUCUUGAAGAAGAAGAAGAGUUUGGAUUUGAUAUCCCGCUUUAUCACUACCCGAAGGAGUCUCAAAGCGGCUAACAAUCUCCUUUCCCUUCCUCCCCCACAACAAACACUCUGUGAGGUGAGUGGGGCUGAGAGACUUCAGAGAAGUGUGACUGGCCCAAGUUCAUCCAGCAGCUGCAUGUGGAGGAGCGGAGACGCGAACCCGGUUCACCAGAUUACAAGACUACCGCUCUUAACCACUACACCACACUGGCUUGUGGUGUAGAGACGAUGGAGUGCGCCUCUUUGGGUGACGUCAAACUGCCGUGUUAGCAACAUAGAAGUGACCUCCCCAGGGUGCAAGCGUGGAGGUCCUGGGCUGCCCAGACAACAAGACCCCCUUCUCGGUCUCACUAAUGUGGUCCCAAGGAAAGCAGUGCAAUGUGUUUGGCACCAGCUUGGCUGCAGGAGUUGCCGGAAGGAGGCGUACAAGGUGCCAUCCAACCGUCUUAGGGAGUCCACUCCCGAUUUGUGUCGGGUUUAUUCCGUAGCCUUUUCUUCUCCCGAAGAUAUCCCGCAAGGCAGCGGAGGUUCAGAUCAGAGUUUCCCUUCUCCUAGAUGAGCUACCUUCCCAGGUUGAUGAGCCCCAGCUACCCCUAGUUCACAAGGGAUGCUGCAAUACUAAUGAAUGAACCAUGAGCCUCAGAAAUAAAGAGUUCACUUCCUUUGCCAAUGAGGAACCUCUGUAUACGAAUAUUCCACAAUACAACUACAUUUUGAGGCUGCUGCAGUUUCAUUUUUUUUAUAGUGUCGGAAGAAAAAAUUCUACCACCACCAUUUCCCAUAUAAAAGCAAAGUGAUUUGAUGAUUAAUAGAAGCUGGCCAUAUACUGAUAUUUGUUGACUUUGUUUUAUUUGCCUUCCUAAGAAUUUGGGGCUCAUGGCAAGCCCUGUUUAUGGAAGUUUUAAAUGUUUGAUGUUUUAUCAUGUUUUUAAUAUUCUGUUAGGAGCCAUCCAGAGUGGCUGGGGAAACCCAGCCAGAUGGGCAGGGUAUAAAUUUAUUAUUAUUAUUAUUAUUAUUAUUAUUAUUAUGUUUGCUCAUUAAGGGGCCAAUGGACUCAGAGGUUUGGGUAGAGUUGUCUUUUUGUGCAGACUGAAGUUCUAGUGCCUUUUAGGAGCAAUUCACCUGAAGAUGGUCUUUCUUGCACAGAGAUGCAGUCCCUGGGUAAAACUGAGGUUAAGUAAAUAAAUAAACCUCAAUUUUACCCACAGACUGCAUCUCUGUGCAUCUCCAUUGCUCGACAUGCUUUGUUUUGUUUUCAAAAGGGGGCUGUGGAUCUUUCUCCCAAGAGCAGCAAUGCAAAGAUGAACAGCAAGCAGAGAGAUAAGCAGAUAAACAAGCAGGUUUUGUGCAGAACAGCUUUUGCCAGCUUGCUGUCCUCCAGAUGUUCUGGUCUACAGCUCCUAUCAGUACGACACAUCUGGAGGGCACCAGGUUGGUGAAGGGCUUGUACAGAGCAAUGAGCCAUUUGGCCAGAUCCGUGUAACAUGUAGGUUUGUCCCCUAAAACACUGCUGAGUUCCACUCACCCAAGCACAGGAUAUGCACUAACUCGUGCCUCUUUUGCGGGUUGGACUAGAUCAGGCUUCCUCAAACUCAGCCCUCCAGAUGUUUUUGGCCUACAGCUCCCAUGAUCCCUAGCUAGCAGGACCGGUGGUCAGGGAUGUUGGGAAUUGUAGUCUCAAAACAUCUGGAGGGAUGAGUCUGAGGAAGCCUGGACUAGAUGAUACCUUGGGUCCCUUUUCAAUGCCACAAUUCUAUUAUUCUUCUCUGCUUUCUCCACCAGGGACGCGGGAGGCCGCCUUUGUGUAUGCAAUUUCCUCCGCUGGUGUUGCCUUUGCCGUGACGAGGGCAUGCAGCAGCGGGGAACUCGACAAAUGCGGGUGCGACCGCACGGUCCAUGGGGUCAGCCCUCAGGGUAAGUACAUGAGUGGGAGUUCAGGGGGUGGAGGUAGGACCACUGAAGGGCUGGGCGGCCGACAGCCCUCCAGAGCAGGGACGUCAGGAUGUUUUCUGCUCUGCGCCAAGUUUGUCGCAUGCAGAGCUGUUUCCAUUCCACCCAAAGUUGCGUUGUUUGCUGUGCUGUCUGCUGUGCCCAAACUGCGUAUAUUAUGUAACUGCUUAUGUAAAUGGUGUUGCUGUUGUGCUACUCCACCCCAAUCCCUGUAUGUGCAAAGGAACGGCAAUUACACACCGUUUUGCAGACUGAAAGCAACAGCAGCAGGAGAUCCUGGCCAUUGCUCACUCAACUUAUUUCCUUUCUGGAUAUGGGACAAAAUAAGCAAAUGCUGGCAAUUUCUGCCCCCAUUGCCACCUCCAUUGGAAUUCUCCAACUUCCCUGCUCCAGAUGUCACUGGACUACAACUCCCAUCUGCCCUCACCACUGACUAUGCUGGCUAGACCUGGUGGGAGUUGGAAUUCCAGGAUAUCUGCAAUGCGCUCUACAUGGGGCUACCUUUGAAGGUGACUCGGAAACUACAAGUAAUCCAGAAUACGGCAGCUAGGACCCUAUAACACUGGCCGUAAAAGACCUGCGUUGGCUCUCAAUACGUUUCCAAGCACAAUUGAAAGUGUUGGUGCUGACCUUUAAAGCCCUAAACGGCCCCAGCCCAGUAUACCUGAAGGAGGGUCUCCACCCCAAUCGUUCAGCCCAGACAUGGAGGUCCAUCUCCAAGGGCCUUCUGGCUGUUCCCUCACUGUGAGGUUACAGCGAACCAAGUUGAGGCCCUUCUCAGUAGUGGUGCCCGCCAUGUGGGGAACGCCUUCCUGUCAGAUGUCAAGGAGAUAAACAACUAUAUGACUUUUAGAAGACAUCUGAAGGCAACCCUGAAUAGGGAAGUUUUUAAUGUUUGAUGUUUUAUUGUAUUUUUGUAUUUUGCUGGAAGCCACCCAGAGUGGCUGGGGCAACACAGUCAGAUGGGCAGCAUAUACCGUAUUUUUCGCCCCAUAGGGCGCACCUAGUUUUUUGGGGGGGAAAUAAAGGAAAAAAAUAUAUUCCCCCCCCCCAGGCGCAGGGCUGGGGCGGGGGAAACCAGAGCUUCCCCCACCCCAGCCCCCAGAACAGGCUGCUAUCCGCAAGCCUAGGGAGCCCAGCGGGAAGUUGCGCCGGGCUCCGCAGGCUUGCAGAGAGCUGCCCGAAGCCUGGGGUGCGCAACGCAGCACUCCCUGAGCUUCGGGCUGCAGGCAGCUGUCCGCAAACCUGCGGAGCCCAGAGGAAGUUUCUGUCAGGCUCCGCAGGCUUGCGGAGAGCUUCCUGAAGCCUGCAUUCACCCCAUAGGACGCACACACAUUUCCCCUUCAUUUUUGGAGGGGAAAAAGUGCAUCCUAUGGGGCGAAAAAUACGGUAAAUGAUAAAAUUAUCAUCGUCAUCUGGAAGGCCAUUGUUGGCAUAGAUGAGCUUUUCUCAAACUUGGUUCCCCAGCUGUUGGUGGACUGCAACUUCCAUCACCCCUUGGCAUGCAAAGGGCAGUGUCACAAUUGAAGGACACAUUCAAGCAGGCAAAAGCAUCAAGGUGUGCACAGAGCAAGGCCUCUAUGGGGCAUCUCCUGAAGACAGGAGAUGUUGCCUGGGGGAGUCCUGAGGGCCAGAUAGAGGCCUGGGGGGGCACAUUUGAGUUCCCCCACCCCUGCCCUGUAGCCUCCCAGAGGAGAAAGAGGGAGUCCCUCUCUUGCCAUUGGGCUGCAGCACUGUGGAAUGAGUCAUGCUGUCCUCCCCACGUAAGUGCUGCCCUUUCUUUUCCUUCGCCUCCUUGCUCUAGGCUUCCAGUGGUCCGGCUGUUCCGACAACAUUGCCUACGGAGUGGCCUUCUCUCAGUCCUUCGUUGACGUCAGGGAGAGGAGCAAAGGGGCUUCCUCCAGCAGGGCGCUCAUGAACCUUCAUAACAACGAAGCCGGGAGGAAGGUAAGAGCAGAAGGCUUGUGCAUCUUGCUUCCCGGGGUGUGGGGCAGCCACACACUGCUUCCUGUGCUUGCUGGCUUUUGGAAGAGAACAAGUUUCUAGCCCUUAAACCUGCAGAGAGAAACUUGAAUGUGUGGGAAACAGCUGGUCAAGACUUUCGGAUGACAGAGGAGGAAUGAGCACUCUGCGUUGCCCUCCUCUGUGUGUCUGCAUCAUCUCUUCUCUUUCCAGCCAGCAAUGGCUGAUGGGAAUUGUAGUCCAACACAUAGGCAGGGCAUCAGGUCAGUUAAGACUGUGUUGCCCUACCAUGUCUCUCAUGGCCAAGUGAACAAUGCAACAUUUUAAAAAGCUUGCAAAACUGGCAAGAAACGAAAAUAGCUGCCAUGUUUGGGGGGGGCGUGUCUUCUGUCUUUCCGUGGACAAGCAUAAGCAGAUGUGGACUAACUUUUACUCUCAGUACAUUUGGUAUAUUUCAUUUCUCCGCCAUUAAGGGUUGGGUUUUGUAAGAAGGAACUUGGGGUGUCUGGGGGACUGGAAUGGAUAUACACCCGAUGCCUGAGCCAAAAAUCCACCGAUAUCUGUAAUCAAUAAAGUUGUGGCCCUUUCUAAUCCAGAACAUUGUCUGCUUGAAUUCAUUAAUCAGACACUACCGGUGUGUUGGGUAUGCCACUGCAAUUGGGCCUCAAAUGAACAAACAAGCUUCAUGUUGAGUUCCCCUACUCCCCCCCCCCCCAGAACAAAAGUACUUCCCCCAUCCCACUCCCACUGACAUAUGGGUAGUGGAUGUCACCUGCCUCAAAAUCCUAAAGUGUUUGCAGUUUGUGUAAUUCCAUUUACAAAUCUCUUUCCAUGAAAUAUCUUGAAGCCAUUUCACACAAACACGAAAAACCCAUUAGCAAUAAAAACAGUUUCAUAUAUAAUUUAAAACAACAACAAUUAAAGACAGUUGAGAAUAUAAGAAUAGCCUGUUGGAUCUGGAGGCCCAACUAGUCAGGCAUCCUGUUCUCAAAGUAGCCAACCAAGUGCCCUUGAUAGGAAUCCCGCAAGCAGGAUCUGAGCAUAACAGGACUAACUGCCUAACUGCAAUUCCCUGCAACUGGUAUUCAGCGGAGGUUGAUGAUAGCGGAUUUAAUAAUAGUAAUAAUUUUAAUAUAUAUAACCUGCCCAUCUGGCUGGGUUUCCCUCGCCACUCUGGGCGGCUUGCAGCACAUUGUGACUAGCAGCCAUUGCUAGCCUUGCCCUCCAUGAAUUUGUCUAAUCCUCUCUUGAUCCAAACUGGUGGUCAUCACUGCUACCUGCAGGAGCAGGUUCUGCUGCUGAACCAUUUGCUGAAUGAACCUGCCCCGAAUCUCCCAACAUUCAGCUUCCCUGGCUAGCCAUGCCGCCUUGAUGUAAGACGUCACAAAUGUCGGGCAUGUCCUCAUUGUCGUCGUUUGACGCUUUGUUGUUCGUGUCUUGUUUUAUGGGGGGGGUGUUAAAGAACGAAAGGAAGAAAGGAACGUGUUUGUAAGUACAGUGGUACCUCUGGUUGCGAACGGGAUCCGUUCCGGAGCCCCGUUCGCAACAUGAACAGAAUGCAACCUGCGUCUGCGCGUGCACGGGUUGCGAUUCAUCAGUUCUGUGCAUGCGCGUGAUGUCAUUUUGCGUGCAUGCGCGAGCGGCGAAACCCGGAAGUAACCCUUUCUGGUACUUCCGGGUCGCCGCAGGACGUAUCCUGAAAGAACGUAACAUGAAGUGGAUGUAACAAGAGGUAUGACUGUAAAUGAAUUUCUGCUCCUUCCCCACCCAGGCCAUCCUGAACCACAUGCGGGUGGAGUGCAAGUGCCACGGCGUGUCCGGCUCGUGCGAGGUGAAGACCUGCUGGAAGGCCAUGCCCCCCUUCCGCAAGGUGGGCAACGUACUGAAGGAGAAGUUCGACGGGGCCACGGAGGUCGAGCAGCGGAAGGUGGGCUCCACCAAGGUGCUAGUCCCCAAGAACUCCCAGUUCAAGCCCCACACGGACGAGGACCUGGUCUACCUGGACUCCAGCCCUGACUUCUGCGAGCACGACUUGAGGAACGGCGUCCUGGGCACCAGCGGCAGGCACUGCAACAAGACUUCCAAGGCCAUCGACGGCUGCGAGCUGAUGUGCUGCGGCCGAGGCUUCCACACGGACGAGGUGGAGGUGGUGGAGCGGUGCAGCUGCAAGUUCCACUGGUGUUGCUUUGUCAAGUGUAAACAGUGCCACCGCGUGGCAGAGAUGCACACCUGCCGGUGACGUGGGCAGAGCAGACUCCGUGGCCAGAGCAGGGCCCAGAGACCGCUUCGGGGUUGACCCACUUGGGGGACGCUUCAAAGGGAAACAGAUUUUUUUUUUAAGGAAAAAUAUUUAAAAGUUCCAAUAGGGAUUGUCUUUUUUAUUUUUCAACGUCGUCAUUGUCCUCUUUGGCCUGCUGUAUUUAUUGCCCAGAACCAGAAACCUUUCCUCCUGGCUUUGGGGGGCGGGGGUGAAGGACAGGGGUUUGCUCUGCUCCAUGGUGCUGAGGGGGAAAGUGUGCCCCCCCACCUGCAUCACCCGGAGACCCUCCUGCCUCCACCUACAGACCUAAAACGGAAAGGAAAGGUCACGCCUGGAACAAAUCGCCCUUUGCAACGAUGCAUGUUUGAGACUAGUGGCUGAUCCUGGAGGGGGGGGGCAAUUAAAAAAGGAAGAAAAUGUGGUGUUAUGGAACGAUUUUGGAUGCAACUGCUUUUCCACCAGGAAGACAUUGGGGUUGGGUUGGGGGGUGUCUGAGGCAGAUCAUCUAAAGGGCAACGUCCCCAUUCCUUCCUGCAUCUCCCCACAUAAUAAACGCGGGGUGCAAUCUGCCAAGACAUCCUCCAGGAUACGUCUCGUCAAAAUGAACUCUUGCAUCACCGUGGGUCACCUCUAUGGGGUUUGUGCAGAAUGAGGUUUGCGACCUGUGAGUCUCUCUCUCUCUCUCUCUCUCUCUCUCUCUCUCUCUCUCUCUUUCUUUCUCUCUCUUUCUGCCAAAGUAAUUUCCC